AUGCAGUGCACCGAAUGUGGAUUCACAAACUUGAAAGGUACUUUUAAAUGGUGCCCAAAAUGUCGUUCUCCUUUGUAUCAUGGUCAAAAUAUUCCACAUAGCCAGGGAAAAGUUCCAAAUACAACAGGGGAGCAACCGCUAAGCGAUGCUUCGGCAAGAGGACACGACUUUGGAAAAGAGAAAGAACACGUUGAAGGUAAAUUGUGCUUUCAUGGAUGGAAAUUAAGACAUGUCUUCUACACAUUGCUCAAAUUGAAAUCGAUCCGUGAAUAGAUUUAGGUUGCGUUUACUAGGCCGAAUCAUAUUUAGAUUGAUCAUGUUUCGAUCAUGUUUGAAUAAAAAGAAUGUUCAUACCUGACGAUUUAGACUGCGUUCACACUAGGCCGAAUCAUAUUUAGAUUAAUCACGUUUCGAUCAUGUUUGAGUAAAAAGAAUGUUCAUACCUGACGAUUUGGCCCGCGAAACCAGAUCGAAACAUGUUUACAAUAAUCAACAUCGAAACCGUCAUGUGAGGUAGUUUGGACCAUGAUUUCUGUAAACGAAUGUCAGACGAUUCGCCCCCAAGUUCUAGACAAUUCAUCCUCAAUGUGAAAACACCGAAAUUACUGUAGAAAACAGUUUUUGUCUCAAAGCAAUGAUUUCUUGAAAAAAAAAGAAAGCUCGCCUACUCGAGUCAAUCGAAACCAAAAUAAAUUAUCUAUCGAGAUGACGGGCAGUGGCAGAACCCGAACAAAGGCCAAAGAACAAAGCAGACAAGAAUAGAAAACAGCCUAAGUCAACAUCCAGUUUACGUCAGUUUCACUCCGUUUCAUUUUCGCCCCUUGUAACUUCGACACAUGUCAACUUCAAGUUCUACCCGCUUUAUCAUAUAUGUGUUUUUAUAUCUAACUUACUUUAUGUGCUUUAACAUUUGUGUUUUUGCAAGAGAUUUAUAUUUAAAGGUAUUGACAGAAAGAUAUUGUGUCAUGCAAAUUAGAAAGCAUGUGCACAGUGUUUUUUUGUGUUUUGCUUAUACACAAUGCUUUGAUAGUGCGUUGAUAAUGCUUUUAUUAGUGAACAAAAUUAUUAUUUGUGAUUGAAGGCGAGUUUCUAAAACGAUUGUGUUGUAGAACUAACAUGUUGGGAAAUAUUUUAUGCAAAUUCGAAUCAAGCAAGUUUAUAACCUUUGGAUUGCAGCGAUGGUUCGCUUUGGAUAUUUCCCAGAUAUAUUUGUUUGUGAUAUGUUUGAAUUGAUUUAUUACGGGUCACUCAAAUGGUGGGUCGAACUUGACUUUUAUGCGGGGCGAAGUUACUAGGUCGAAAAUGAAAAGAGGCAAAACUGGCGGAUACCCAACAUCCGCUGACAAAAUGGAAAGAUUUAUGGAGAAAUGUUUCGAACUGAGAGGCGAUUCCUGGAGUCUGAAGAACGAAAAAGUAAACAAGAAGCUGAGUAAGAGGAGAAAAGACGAAGAUUUGAGGUAGAACAGGACGAGAAACGUGAAAAUUUUCUUCUCAUUGUUUUACAAACCAUUUCAAAGGCCAGUGGCAGCAAAAAUUAAAGCCACCACGCAAUUUCAGUCCGUGUUCCACUAACCCUUUAACUCCCAGAAGUGAUUAACAUAAAACUUCUCCCUACAAUAUCUAUACAUUCUUCAGCAAACAGGUAAUGAGAAUAUUCAAAUUUAUCAGGUAGAAGCUGCUAUCUUGAUCUAGCACCAAGUUCUCAAAACUAAUUUACAAGGAAAUGUGUAGCAGCUACAGGGGAGAAUUAACAAUCAUAUCUUGGGAGUUAAAGGGUUAACAAUGCGCUGCCACCAGUCCGAACUACUUUCCCUCACCCAAACUGAACGAUAACGAAAAAAUCUACAAAGCUUUGUCAGUCCAGAAAUUGCGAUGCCAACGAGUGCCAAAAAUCGUUGUAUUUGUCGUAACCGAAAGAUGCGGUGGCGUUGAUUCCGUAGGUAAUUUUUCAGAGCCAAAUGAAAAGCAGCUCUUCGGUUACGAAGAAUUUCUCCAGGAGCUGUGUUUUUGUUAUGGGUUUUUACUGUACCAGUCUUGCAACUUAAUACAGGAAUGGCUCCGACCUGUGAUUGGAUAAUAAAAUUAGUAAAAGGUAAUAAAUUACAUCUUGCUCGUGAGUGUUGUUAACCGCGUGUCUCGAAGCGGAACAAUGAAAUAUCAAUGUGAAAACACCGAUGAGUCAAACAAGAAAUGGCUACUUACAUAACAAAGAGAAGGGUCUAGCUUCUUCAGCGAGGUCGUUCAGCGAUAUUCCGGCGAUGAAAAAGUCAUCCGCUGAUAAAACUCAUUUAGUCAGUUUAGGCUGAUGACCAGAGACUGGAGCCAUUCGUGUAUUUCACCGCAGACACGAAUGGCUCCAACUCAUGCGUAUAUUAAUUUUUUUUUCGUUCUGGCUAAAUAAUUUAUACACUGAGAUAAAAACUGAAAGAGUGAUUUAUUAGGUUCUUCUCAUGUUGAAGUCUACAGUACUUGCAAAUGAAGCCCUCUUUUACUACUACAGAGCCAUGUAGUUUCUGAGUUUUAAAAUAAUGCAGCAACGUUUGAAUUUAGUUUCAACAAGCGGCGCCAGCGACUGGCAGGUGUGCGAGGAUUCAUACUGAAAUAAGAGAACAACCUUCGUUUUUCAUGAAAAUGUAAUUUACAAUCCUUGGACUUGAAAACAAUUCGAAGAUUCGUUAAAAAUAUCACUUACUCCGUAGCGCUCGGAGUUUACAGUUGUUCAAAAGCUUUUUUUGUUAUGGCGUGAGAUUGGAGACAAAAUCGAUCAUUACAUUUCGUAUCGUGUGUUUUUCCUGUGUGAAGCAACAAAAGGUGCCGGCGACUGACGAAAUUACAGGUUAACACGAAAAUCAAAUAACACCUAAACAAUUAAUUUUGGCUACCGAUUUUCAGUGAAUUUAUGAAGAACAACUUUAUUUUAAGUUUCAAGACAAUCUGAAGAUUCAAAAUAAAUAUUACGAACUAAAAUGCGAAAGUCAUACACCACAAAAUCCAUAAAUAGGCCUGAAAUGAAAUUCUAUCUUGUUCUUGAUUAUAUGUUGCCUAGCACGUGACCAAAAUCUACCCAGGCGGAAAUCCAAAAUGACGGUGGCAGUAGGGGCUUAGUUAUAUCACACAAAAUUUGUUCCCGUUUAUCACAUUUGAUAAAGAGGGAAUCAUUAAUUUUUUCAAUAUGUACAAUGAUAGACAGUAAAUUUCACCUUUCAUCCACAUUUACUUCCAACCUUUUCUUUUGAACCAGAGUUUUAAAGUUAUUGUGAACUAUUUCCAUAUAGUAGAAAUUCCACGGAAAUUCACUUGAAAUUAUUUCUGGUCUGAAAUGAGGUCCCGAUUUGAAGAUUUUGCAAACACGCACUUACAUCUCCAAAAUAUGGUGGAGUACCUAUCCCAAUGGUCAAAAAAUGCCAGGAGAAUUGCGGACUAGUAAUGUCAAAAAAUACCAACAUUGACAAAACUUAUAUUCGAUAUAGCAGUUGAAUUUGGUUGUUGUUGUUUUUUUUCACUCUGACAGGUACUUGAAAGAAACCAUUAUUAAUUUAAUCCACACGUCAUGACUUGAACAUGUGUAUCUCACAAUGUCUUGAAAUUUCUUUCCUUUUUUUCUUUCUACUUAUUUUAACACUCUGCAUUUUCACUCUUUUGCAAUUGACUUGUAGCUACAUGUUUUGAAUAAAACAUUUUUGGUUAACCUUUUUCAAAACAGUUUGAUUGACACCCCCCCCCACCCAAAUGUUUCUGGACAGCAUAAAUUUAUGCAGUCCCUUAUCUCUACUGAGCCCUCUGAAAACUAAAUCCAAUUUAGGUUUGUUUGUGAAUUGUUUUUGGGAAAAAUCUCGUAGAGUAAGUUAAUUUGGCAGUUUAAUACAAGAAGGGCAUAGGCCGUUUUUCUCAAGAAACCACCUUCUGGUUAGCAAUGCUCUUAAAUCUUAUUUUCCAAAUAAGGAAUGUUUUGGUUUUCCUCGCAUAAAGGUAAUGGGCAAAAUCAGCAGUGCCUGCUUUCAUACAGAGACGAGCAUGGGACCCUGUUAAGACCACAAACACAACCCACGAUUCACUCGGGUCAGCCAGACAUCGAGGGUGGCUCCACCUUAGUUGAUCGGUCAACAGAGAGCGAGAGUAAGUCACUGGAAAGCCAUCGUCAUUCGGCGGACUUCCCACCAACUUUCCCAUCGCCGACAACCUCGCCUACAGUGAGAAGGAGACGUCUGCCCCAUCGAGCUGGCGCUUCUGCCCCUUACAUUACAGAAUCGUCGAAUUCAGAGGAUAAACCAGGUACUACAAAGCCAACAGCAACACAGCACGGGAAGCUGACACGGGUUGAACCAGAGAAUGGAGUCACCGUAAUCUUCCAUGUCAUGUUAGCGUCUAACUUAAAUAUGGAAGAAGAACAUAUGCAUAUUCAAGCAGAAGGAGAAGAUUUGGGAGACUUUAAGACAACCUGUGUUGACAUGAAAUUAGUAAGGUUAGUUUGUUUUUGUAAAUAUAGGUGGGUGGAAUUUUGCAAGCUUGAGAUUAGCCAAGUAAACCUACAUGAAAUUUACGUGCUAUGACGAGUUAACACCGAUGUAAAAGAAACCUGCAAGUUGUCAAAUGAACUCUUACCUCAGUGUCCUUUAAUAUAAAGAAACGCAAGGGUUCGACAGUUAUCGCGGGAAUUCCGCGUUAAUAGAUCUCGGUUCGAGCCUUGAACUGGUUGUUGAGGUGUAUUCCUGUAUUCUUUAAUUUAUCAUUUAUUUUAACCAUAUGGGUGCAAGUACGAAUCAAUGAAAUAUGCUUUUUCUCUCUCUUAAUGUUUUAAAAUUUAUAGCUCCAGCUCUUGACUUCGUCAUUUGUUGCCGGAUUCAUUAGACAAGUGUGUAGUUAUGACCAGUUUUUGUGGCUACUACCUCGUAUGGAGGCGAAGCCAUAAUGUUGUCUUGUUGAGUGAGUGAGUGAGUGUAACAAUAGAAUACAAAUAACCUCUUCGCCCACGGCGAAGUCUGCCAAGUUUAACCCGAUAUUCCUCGUUCUUUGUUCUUGUUUGUUUCAGCACAUCUUCGGGCGUUCAACGCUUGGUAACGAUUUCUUUAAAUCGCUUAGGAUAUAGUUUCUCGGAAUUAGCACGUGAUUACACUGUUUCCCGGUGUUACUAAUUUUUUCUUCCGGGGCUCUAAAGAAGACGAUAAACAUCUCACAGUCAUUUCAGGACAAAGCUUACUUUGCAGAAAUGUCUUAAAAGGUGUGAUCGGCGGAUCAUGAAAACUUAGACUUAAAAUAUUUUCUUUGAAGAGAGAGUAUGUUACCUUUUGAAUUAGUGAAUUAUGCCCAGUAGAUCCGAAGAUAUAUUUUUUGCAGUUCUUGCCGUGACACUACAAAAGAUUAUAAAUGUCUCAAAAUAAUUUCACAGUAGCGUCUCCGGCAUGUAAUUGCAAACAAUACUUUUCCUUGCAGAAAGAUCUAAAUAGGUUUCAUCUGCAUAUUGUGGAAACUUUGAGGAAACAUUUUGUUCAUUCGAAGAGAGAGCACUACCAUUUUUUCAUUACUAUAGUUAAUAUGAUUAUUUGUUACCAUUUAAUUAUUGGUUGAGUGUCAGUUAUUCACUAUAUUCUUGAAUCAUCUUUCUCUUGUGGUACAGGGUACUUAUAAAUAUGUAGGAUGCGGCAGGUUUCUGUUUCGCAUGUGAGACAAGUCUUCUGCAACACUACCUUCUAACUCUAGUUCUUUUCAAUGCUAUAAAAAUUAUGCCAAAUCAGUAGCCAUAUGCAGUCUUAAACUGCCUCUUUUUUAAUGUUUAUUUAAGACCCCUGAAAAGGAGUAUAGCUGUAUUGAAGAAAGAAACUUGCUUUGUCUUUACAGUUCGAUGUAUGGAAAUUGUGCUUUUUGCUGAUCAUAGAAGGAAUCCCGGAGUUUUCAAGCGAAAUGUCUUUAAAUGCGAUGAAUAAUCAAUAUUUAUGGAAGUCGGGAUACGAUGUUGCCUCAUUUGCUGUUUGAAGGACAGCAAACUUGUUAAGAAUGCAUUUAUGAACAGAAUUUGAACUUAGAAUUUAUAACCCCAUUGUGGCUACGCAAUAGACUGUGUCAAUACCAGUCUACUUAAUCUCUUAGGGGUGACAAAGGCAAAGAGAAAACGAAGCUUAAGCUCUUCCAAGGACAGAUCACUCUCACCAUCCACCGAGCCCGAAAGGGAACCAAGUACAAGUAUGUGAUAAUCAAGAAAAAGGUUGUUCUAUGGGAAGAACUGAUAGAGUUUAAAUCGCGUUAUGAUGGAACUAUAGUCGAUCGAUUUCUCUCUAUACCAGACAAAUACCUGAAACAUGGCGGUAAGUUGUUAUUUUAUUUUGCUUUACAUGUUCUAACAGGGUUGUUAUAAAAUGUCUCUGACAUUUAGCUAGACGAACCAGGGGAUUUGUAACCGAUAUUCCGUGAGUAGCGUUUUAAAAAAAAGGGUCUUAGUGACGUUAUCGGUUAAAAGGCCCAAAGAAUAGCCGUCAACCGUCGAAAGUGCUAUAUUUUUUACCGUUUUAUAUAUAUAUAUAUAUAUAUAUAUAUACACGCUAUCACAUGCACGAUGCAGAACAUUGAAUCAGCCAUAUGGGAAAGACGCUUCUUUGCUUUUGUGUUGGUUUCCACUGUUUUGCUUUAAUCCAAACCAAAGAGAUGACAUUAAGGAGAAGAAUUGAAUAAAUCACACGUAUAAUCAACUCGACAAAAACGGAAAUUGUUCCUGAUAGCACGGGAUAUCGUUUCAAUUUCUUCAAAAGAAACUUCAAAUGAAACGAGUAUCUUGAAUAAAAAUGUGGAUGGUGAUUACGUAUCGGGGCCGGAAAGCUUAGGUGAUGUUCAACGGAGAAGUUGAAACAUGUUUUUCAGUAGCAAAAAAACAGUGAUCUAAACAAGAGUGAUAUCUUAACUCCUGAUCACACUGAAGUAAUUCCUCUAACAACUUGGUAAGAAACAGUAAUCAGUCUAGAAAAUAGGAACUCGCAUUUUUUUAGCACGCUGAUGGUCAACUUUUUUGUUUUGAAGAGGAAAUAUCUAAUUUUACAGGAACAGUACAUUUGUAGUUUCUAAAGAUGGAAUCCAACUGACUCAAGAAACCACAAAACUUGCAGACUUUAAACCAUCUUAAGCCUGAUAAGAUAAAUCAUGAACAGGUUACUGGAAGUGUUAUUAAUAGAUUUACAGAAAAGAUAUAUAUGUAUUGUCAGUUUGCAGAUUACUAUGUUUGUAAACAAACAAUAAAGAGGAAAAAUUUGACUGCCUUGAUCAUGGCAAACUGGACGAUUUUACAAGAAGAAAAAAAUAAGGGGCGUUUUUCCUCCAUGGCAAAUGUACUCAACUCUAUGUUAGCAUCUUUGUCACUGGAAAUUACAACAUCGAAUAAAAUGCAACCAAUCUGUCUACGAAAAUGAUUAUCUACCCUCGUCUCUGGCUAAAAAAGUUUCAUUUCAGCUUUUAAAGGAAGAUAAAGUAAUAUAUUCAGUGAACGCAAGUUAGGAUCCCCAAUCGCUACGGCACAUUUUUCAAUACCCUACAAAUCUGAGGAAAGUUCUCUCCAACUUUAAAAAUUUUUUAAGAAAAAAUACCUUGUUUGUUUUUCUGGUUUAGAAAUUUCAGUUAUAAUGCUUAGAUUAUACUCUGCACAAACUGUUAUUUGAAGCUCUCAAGAAUUAUUGUAAUGAGCACUGUCAGUUCACACAAUGCCAUGUAUUGUAAACAAUUAACUUCACGGGAAAAUGUAAUUUAAUCUUCGCCAAAUUGAAUUAUUUCCACUGAAGAAGGAUCAAAUAUAUCUUUUUUUUUAGUUUUAGAACUUCUAUCGUAAUGUUUAAUUUUUCAAUGUGCCCAAACUGUUACUUGAAGAUACAGCUCUACGUGUCAAUAACGAAUAUGCUUAUUACUGUUACUUACCGUAAUGCUACAUUUAUUCAAUUUCUUUUCUUAAAAAACUGACUUUUUUGUUUAAAAACUUAAAGUAACACUUCAGCGACUGAUCAAAGCUAGCAUUGGUUACCCAGAGCAUUCCACAGAUUCUUAAGCCAAAAGCUGGUACUUACUUUUCCCAAAGUUUCUGCGAUGCUUUAUUAGGUUUUAUAAAAUAAUUUAAAUAGUACUAUUUAAAUAGUACUUUAAAAAACACUUUUCGAGCACAAGGCUUAUCCUAUUACGGGUGUCCUGUUGAUUUGCCACCAAAAAGUUUCCGUUUUCAAGAACCGAGCUUGGCUUGUGGUUUUUUUAUAACUCCUGUAAAACACCCUGACUCCAACAGCAGAAGUUUGGCCAGUGUGUUGCCGUAAUCUGCCCUAUGGUAGCCUGAAAAGCCUGAUCCAAACUUGAAAAAGUGGGCCUAAAUUGUUUAAAAUAUCGAGAGUACGUGAGGAGCGUCCAUACACACCUUUACAACCUGUUGCAAGCCUUCUGCCUGGUGCUCGUCAAAAUCGUAUUUUAUUUGAACAAACGAAUUGGGUGCAUGCUUACGUUAGCAACUUUCUUUUUUCCCUAAGGCCUUUGUAUAAUACCGCUGACGGUGCUGCAUGUAUGCUAAUAGGUGAUUCGCACUGCUAACCUGCGAGAAAGCAUAUUCUACCCAUUAAAUAGGUUCACUGUUGAACAAAGCAAACUAGGAUAUACUAAUGGUCCCAAUAUUUUGAAGCUUGGGAGGAAGAGCUUUCUCGCAGAGAAGUGCACCACGGUUUUUAACUGAUGCGCAAUAUUUACUAUUACAGGAAAACUUAAAUUUCACCGGCUUUAGAUUAGUUAGAAUUUUCUUGAUACUUCUAGCUUCUGCAUAUACUGCGCAAAGCGAGAUUCUACAUAAAUGAAUUUAUGCAGACUAGCUUCCCAUCAAAGAUGAAAAAUUCUAAGGAUUAACGAAUCCGGUGGAAUAUACAUCGACAACAGCCUGCUGGUCGUUUAAAUCCUACUGCCUCUGACCUAUAAUAGAUGAAUGUGGAUUUUUUCCCCUUUUUUUUUACGGUUUAGCAACAUGGCACCAGUUUGACGGAGUAAGUUACAUUUACAGCGAGAAGGGCUGGUGGAACUCAUUUAAAGGAUGGUUUUGGUCUGAACAAACGGCGAAAAAUCGCACAGCUGCACUUCUAGCCUACUUACCAAAGUGGAGAGGCUUUAUUGUUGGUAAGUGCGAAGUAAAAAUGAAGGCAACAGAAGCAAUUGUGGAGUUGGACAAAGUUGUAAACUGCCUUACCAACGUUUGGAUUCAGUUUUCACGCAGAAAACCUGAGAGAAGGAAGCCACCAGAUUUCAAUAUUGACAAGGUAAACUGUAUAAAUUAAAAAAAUAAAUGGUGGUCAUUAUUCUCUCAGACGAAUCGUUCACAUCUAAAACUUCUAAACGUAACCUGUGAUCUCCUAAAGUAAAAGCUUAAAAACAUCUUCAAGGGUCAGGUGGUCGAAUUUGUCUGACAUUUCAAAACAAAAUUUACUUUGAACCGGCGUAAAAUUAAUGGAAGGGGCGAUAACGUUAUUUCGUAAACAAGAUCCUUAGAUAGUGACGUUGUGCAAACUGAUGCAGGUUUUCCUCUUUUUUAGAUCUUAGUGGACCACUUGGAGCCAAAAAUGAAGGAAAAUGCCGCUAUAACAGCCCAGAGUGACGUACGAGUAGAAGCUCGAGCUUCAGCACUGGUGUCAUCCAUAGCGAUCGUUGUGAUCUGCAAGCAGUACAAGAUAGAGCUUCAGAGGGAACUUCUGUUGCCACUUUUGAGAUGUUUGUUGCUUACAGCAGAUCCAGCAAGGCAAAAAUGCACGAUUUACGAAGCAGUUCUGGAAAAUUUCAGUGAAGGACUGAGAGAGUAAGUGGUUGCAUACUAAAACAACAGCAACGGCCAUCACAACAGUAGUAUUAACUGCCAAAACCUCAUAAAUGCGAUGAUAAGAUAAACGGUAAAAUAACGAGAAUAAGGGUCUAAAACUUUAUUUGAAAGUAACUGGCUUAUCAUUUAGGACUAUUUGUUUCAUUGAUAUGUAAGCAUGGCCGCUAGUAUGAGACUCUGCUCCUCUGGGUCUCAAAUGAGCGGAGUCGGUAGCCAUAAGUCUGUUCAGUGGAAGGGUGGAUUUUAAAGGAUGAGAGUUUCAUUUGUCAGUUAAACAGUGAAGGUUUUAUGAUCUUUCAAUAGUUCUGCAUAAGAAAAAAUUGGGCUCGUUUUCAUCGAGAAAACAAAGAAGGAUAUUCUUUGCUUUAUUAAAUUAUCAACUAAUGGGGGAAAGGGGCUUUUGCUGAAGUUUAGGUUUUAAUCUUUUCAGACACUAUUUAGUUUGAUUGAGGAGAUCGUGUGCACCUGAGGACUAACAAGAGAGCUAUUACCUUGUUGCUGAUUUCAGUUGAUGUUAGGCAUAUCAUUUCGGAACUUCGUGCUUUAUUUCACGGUAUAUACUAAUUUUCAAAAAAGUUGACUCCUAAAAGCGUUAAAAGUGGACGCUGAGACCCAACGGCGUUUUGGGUACACAUCUAAAUGAUAAGCACAAUUAGUUGCACAUGGACAAUAAAAGGCACCAUCCACGCUUUCGUGAAUUAUCGUAAAGAAAGAUUUUCCAUGAAUAAUGGAGGAAGUAAAGCACUGAUUAUGUAGAAGUGCGAGCAUUUCCCUAAAAACCUUUGGUCUCAUCGUUAAUGGAUCGUACCUCUAAAGGAUGAAGAUUUUUUGCAAUCGCUUGUGUGCUCUUUGAUUAUUUCGUUCUGUUGUAGACUCGCUGCUGAAGGGAUCGAGGAACUGUGUAACCAAAUUAUGACGGAAUAUUGGAAAUCAGAAGCCGACACGUGGCUAUUUGCUGUACCACUAUUACAUUUCUUGAGAGGAGAUUCUAUGCCAUUUGAAGAACCUGGUAUUGAAGGAUCGUACCACAAACUUGAUUGGGUCGGAGCUCAGGGACUGGAAAUAAAAAAAUUUCGAAGAUUAGUUAGAAAUUUGUAAGUAAAGGCGAUUGGAAGUUGAAUCAGAAACUGUCGCGAGAGUUUAACUGCUCUUUGAACUCUUUAUUCGCACGUCAUAGUGUGUUGAUUCAUUUAUCGCCAUUGUCACAUGAGCAUUUGCACCGUAAUUUGGCAGAGAAUAUUCUUUUGUUUGCUUUUUCUCUCUACAAAACUUGAAUUACCAGGUUGCAGACCCCCAUGCCGUAGAAUAUCAGUCCGGCAUGCUACCCUUCUAAACAUAUUUUAGAUGUAUUAUUUUUUUCAAUGAUCUGCUUAUCAGUAUAUAAAGAGAUACCAUAUUGCAAAACUAUCCUAAAAAUAUCACGUUCGACUUUAAUAGUUUCACCAUGUUUUGAUCAUAGAAAUUUGCCAGAACUAUUGUCCAGACUUGGUUCAGCUUUUGAGGUCGAUCUUCUGCUAAAAAGGACCUUUGUCCACGCCAUUCCUCCUGGGGAUCUAAACAAGGUUGUUGCUUCAAAAUUGUUCCAAAUUUUCGACAUUUUGGCAGCCCUAGUAACAUACUGUUCCCGUGAAUACGUACCAUCAGCCAAGGUAAGAAACUGUUUCCAAAAGGUCAAUAGAAUAUUAUUUCAUAAUUCGGGAAUAUUUUUUUAAUACUGUAUUGGCUCAUCAGUUCUAGCAAUGUACUUUGAGGGGCAUUUAAUCGCCCGGAAGGUGAUAAAAUCGGUCGCUUAAUGUUUAGAUGUUUACAUUUAGUUGUUUUCAUUUUGCAGUGGGCAGAUGUUUUUCAGUGUGUAAAACUGAUGAUUGUUCGAUAUAAUUGGGAAAAAGAAUCAAGUUGGUAUGUUUCAACUACAAUAAGACCUCAGUUUCCUUGUAGCCCAUCGACCCUGGUGUACUGCUAAGCAAAUUUGUCGAACCUUUAACCAUGUUUAUAUUUAAAAAAAUACUGAAGUUUUGGGGUGCUGGCCAUAGCAUGGGUGUUGGUCGGAUUGGGGAAUGGAGAAAUAAUUGGGACAAAAAAUAUUUGUUUUCAAGUGUAUCAUGUGCUUUGAAAACUGGUGAACUAGUCGAACAAAAAAGUGAAAGGUUAUUUUGGGAUGAAAAUUCCGAAGAGGAGAAAGACAAAUCUGAAGCAAAAAAAAGAUUUUAAAUCGUAGGUUUCCGUAUGUUUACUUGUGAUUUUUUUAUUUUGUCUACGAUAUCUCAUGCUACGUAAGAGAAGCUAAAGAAUCUAUUCAUUCCACAGCACUGACCUUAAAGAGGUUGAGUUUACAGUUUCAUUGUGUCUAAAACUGGUUGAAGUCUUCCUAAAAGAGUUGAACAUUUGGGAUCACGUGGAUCUGAUUUGCCAUACAAUCAAGCUGCUUUUUACAUGCAUUAGAAAGCAGCGACGGGAAUUUGAAGAGAAGCCUGACCAAGAAAAGAGCCAGUUAAACGAGAGAAUAACUAUUGACAGGCUACUAAGGAGCCUGAGAGACAGCUUGUCACGUGAUCUCUCUUAUACCAUGCCUUACCAUCACAAGAGUGAACAUCUAGCCAGAGAACUUUCGGUAUGAAGCAAAUAAGAUUAAUGUAAUGACGUGUCCUUACAUGUGGCUGAAACAAGUUGUCAGUAAGUUUAUUACUAAAGUUUGUUUCAGAUUGGGUGGUUAUCUUCUUGAGAGGCUCUUUGAUACCCUGUAGAUCAUUUCAGGCAUAUUUUGAUUUUCUGAUUCGCUAUGUAUUCUCUUCAAAAUGUUUUUCUUAUUUUUGUUUCAGUUAUGGAGCGAGUUGCUAUGGGUUACGGAUGGAAAUCAAGGAUUUACUGCUUACAGGACGUUUUUGAUAAAUGAGCUGCUGAGUCGAGCAAGAAAGGUAAGAUGGAAACGAUUUAAGUAACGAUUUGUAAAAAGUAACCGCAUAUUUGCCCGCUUAAGGAGGAGAGAACAACCAUGAGGCUCACUGCAAACGUUAAGUACAAUUUGGUAGACUGCUGGUGAGGUUUUAGUCGGUGGUUAGCCCCUGAUAUUGGAUAUGCAGAGGUCUACCUUAUUCCUCUGCCUCCCGCACCCGCGACAUGUGUAUAACAUUUGGCGAUCGAGCUCAAAGUUUAGCUCAAUUGUCGCCCACCAAUCCUAGCGGCAUUCACUUUGUUUGUCACUCUAGAGCUACACCAGGCCUACCUCAAGUUCCCUGUGGCAUUCCAGAACGAAAUCAGGAAUGGCUGGGGUUUAAAUUUCCAUUAUUGACCUCCUUUCUUCUCGUCAUGGGUUUUCUUUUACAUUUUUUUCAGUUGGAGGGAGUGUAUUUGGUUGAAAUUUUUUGUGAAGUAGAUAUGGGUCCAUAUGAAGGAGCUGUUGGAGAAUCUUUUUCUAACCUUGCCUUUGAAGCAGUGGAAAAGAUAAUGAGCGUAAGUUGCAAAUGACGUUUGUUAACUAGAAGGUGUCUUCUGUGGUGUACUAAAACCGCGGUUUAUCAAGGUCAAAAAGUAGACUAUAACUUAUUGUUAGAGGAGCACAUAAUUUAGGGAUGGCCUAACGUUUUAACAGGUGCCUUUUGAACACCCGGUUUCAGUCAUUACUUUUAUCGAGAUUGUUGAUUAUUUGUUAGCGGCUUCAAACAGGAAAAAGCUUAAACUGAUAUACAAACAGAAACACACUACUAAGAACUUUGGAACUUUCGAUAGAUUAGGUCAAUAAUGAAUUGUAGGUGUAGUGGACGGUCUAAAAUUCAAUUGUUAGUCACUCUUAAAGAAUAUUGCGAUACCUGAUUUGUGACCAGAUAAUAACUUAUUGGACAUUCUAUUUUAAAAUAUUUAGGGUAAACACUUGAUUGAGGUUUAUUGACUACGCACUUGACAUUGAUGAAUGAUCCGUUGAUUUUCGUUUUUUUAUGCAGUCAGCAAGAGGCGGAGACGACAUACGUAUUUUUAACCACCUGUCAAAUUCAACAGCAGGAAAAUCCGGCCAGCUUUUGUCCACGUUUCUGACAAAGUCAUGGCCAAAAGGUGGAGAACAAUCAGACUCGCGUGACUUGGACCCUCUAAGGGUGGAAUUUCUUCUCACCUGGAAGCCAAUGACUGGAUACCUCAAGUUCACUAGCAGUCCUGAAAUUUUGGGUAAAAGUGGUUUCCGUAAAAUGUUAUUGAUAAGGGCGAAACGCUUGUUACUACGGGGAAGUGACACAUAAGAUUUAGACCAAUAAAAAUAUUUCUCAACUUUGUCAAAUUUUAGGCAUUUAAUAUUUUGUGGCCUUAUUGAUUGGAAGGAAUUUUGAUUAUUUCUGUCUUACAGGAGAUGAGUCUGGAAGGGGUGGUAUACUUUCGGAUGAUUGUAAGGAGACCUUGUUUUUGGCCAAAUCCUUACUAGAAGCUCUCGUGAGAGUCAUAUCAGAUGGCUCAGUAACAUUUCAAGUGUUGCUCCUUCUUCAAAGGCACAAGGAAACGUUUUUGGAACUCUUAAAGACAAGUGCUGCAGAGAUCAAAGAUGUUGAACUUAGCCUGGCUCACCGAUUAGAAGAAAUCCAGGAAUUUUUUGAAGUGAAAGAAAAUUUGGGCAAAUUUAUUGGAAUGUGUGACGUGAUUCAGCCAGGUGAGAGAUCUUGAGGCAUCGAUUUUUUUCGUUUGUUUUGUUCACCACCUGUUUGUUUUCAACCUUAGAGUCAAGGAGGUCCACCUAAGAUCUGUUUUGGCAUUUUUAUUAAGAGGGUUGCGGACUAGAAAAAUGAAGCAAUUAGGAAAGGCUUUCAGUGGAUGAUUCACACCCUGAUCGUGGGUUAGUGUGUGACUUUAAAUUUGUGCGUCUUAUUAUUGAAAGUAAUCUUUUUUUCGCAGUCGAUUCAACCAACCUCAAGAAUAAAGUGCUUCAGGAUGUGUCAUCUUUCCAGAUUCGAGGGUUGUGCAAACGGGAAGCCGACAACCAAGUCGAAGUCACCUUCUUUAUACUUCCUCCGGCCCUAAAGGAAGUACUUUCCACACUUGGAAGAGUUCAAGAAAGCCUAACUUUCCAAGCUCUUUGGAAAAAAUAUGGGAAUAAGGCACAAAGAGCCAGGGAAAAUGAUGAUACACGAAAACGACAGCUCAGUAUUUGUGAUGUUGUUGAAAAUGUUUGGAAACCAGCUUUUACAAGUUGGACCCAAAUUGUUGCUAGUGUCAAGGAUGGCACAAUUUCUCUUGGAGAUGUAGACAAGCUCUUUGACAGCUGUAGAAACCGCAAAAAGGAACUUGAGGGAGAGUUAUCCUGCAUGUUUGAAGUGAACACCGGCCAAACUGUCAGCAACGCUGGAGAGCUAAAGAAAACUUUUGGAGAGCGACUUGCUCAAAUUGAAAGUUACCAACAUCUUCAUCAGUACUCCAGUGCAGCUGACACCGUUUGGGUGUUUAAAGAGGCAAUGGGUUUUACCGGGGAAUUCAAAGUUAUCGAAGAUCUACGUAAUCAGGUAUCAUAGUCCAUAUUGUGUAUUGACGAUACAAAGUAAGUCUGGAAAGUAAACAAAAGUAUGUUUUAAAAUGGAAUGUGGUUAUUCAUCGCGGUGAAUACAUUUUUUAUGAAUUAUGUGCGCUUGUCUCACGGUAUGAGCACUCCCGAUCUAAACCGGUAAGUCUUAUUCAGGCGCUAGAAUUGCUAGUCUUCUAUUAGCAGCUGAAGAAGAACAGAGUAUGGAGUCGAAAUGUCGCAAACUACAUCGGAAGUGACAAUAUCGUAAUAAAAGGACUGUACCUCACUAGAAAUGAGUAUCUUUCUGUACACUUGAACUCAAAUUAACUUUAACUGUUGUCAAGGAUUUAAGUUUGAUUCAAGGAAAUCAUUUCGGUAAUACGGACGAAUGUUUUGCAAAGAAAAGCUAUUGGCUGCAAACGAUAAGUGCACCUCACUUAAAUAUGUCAUAAAAACUUGUUUAAUUUUCCAAUAUUUUGGUCUGUAGCUAUCAGAAGAAUUCAAGCAGAAGCCCUUAACCAGCGUCGGGGAAAGCUUUUCAAAGACCGGUCAAGCUCUUCAAUGUUUGGAUGUUGAUAAGGCUCGGUGCUUCAAAGCAGUGGUAGACAGUAGACGGCUGGUGGAUUGGCUACGUUCUACCAUCAAAUGUAAGUUUGGGCAGGUGGUGGAAUGGAUGUACAGUAAUAAACGAAAACACUAGCCGUAUCGCUACUAACCUCCCUAAUCCUCUGAUUUUGUUGGCUUGCCUUACCACAAAAGGGAUUAUCACUUUUCACCCGCACUGCAUAAUUGGCUUGCUCUGAGGUGAUUUGCCGAAUCAUAUUCACUUCGGACCACCCAUAGAGAAACUUUUUCAAAGAAACUGUUGAAGUGCGUUGGUGGGGGAGUAUAACAAGAUAAUUUGGUUUCAUCAACUGAGUUGAUAAUAAAAAUUGGUCCCCGUAAAGGAUUUCAAAGCUGACGUUUCGAGCGUUAGCCCUACGUCAUUUGCUCUGACGUAGGGCUAACGCUCCAAACGUCAGCUUCGAGACUUCACGGUGGUAGAUUUACAUUAUCCAUUCAGUUGAUUAAAACCAAAUUAUCGUAUUUAGCAAUAACUUUGUUUAUCUUUCCAAUUUCAAAUUUUAAAGUCAAAUAUAAAUAAAACAUGGUUUUUAACGAAAACUGGAGAGCUCACAGUAUAUUUACAAUAAGCAAAAAUGAAAGAUGCAAAGAUGCCUACAUGGGUUCAAUUUAUCUUGAAGGUUUGACGGAACUCUCUACCAUACGAAAUCUCUUUCCGCUACUCGGGCAGCACUUGCUCGCGCCCAUGCAUUGCGCGGUGCGCAAAAUUAUAAUCUCUCCGAGCGUCGGACAAAGUCAAAGUUUUUGGUUUGCAAUUUAGUCAGCUGAUAUGGUGGAUAUUACGAUAAUUACUCGCAUCGGUGUUUCUCCAUAGAAAAUAAUGAACCCCUUUAAGUGUCUUUUGUUUCACAGCCACCCAAGAGCUAAAGGUUCUUGUUGACCUGGCCUUGAUCUCUGCUGGUGAAAGCGAUAUGGAAACUGAUCGUAUAUCCAGUCUAUAUACCAGCUGCCUGGGUUUUGCUCCUCUGAUAUUUGACCUCAAAGAGAGUGAAGAACAAAGAGUGAGCUUUGAUCAACUGAUGAACACCUGUGAUACUCUAUGGAAAGCAGUCGAGACGGAUCAGAUGUUACCCGAAAAACUGGUAAAAAAUAUCGGGAUUUCUUAAACGAUUUGAAUGCUUUGUUUCAAAGCGUCUCGUUUGCCUUUACCUCUUUUAACUUUGUCAGAUUUACCUAAAAUAGUGUGUUAAUUUUUUAUCCGUAUUGUUUAUUGCUUUUAACUCAUUGUCAUGCACAACAGCAAACAAAAGGUACCAAAUAAUUGAUUCAUCCCCGACUUCUACAUUUCUUGUAGUACGACACUAGCAGACAUCUGGAGUGGUUAAAAACUGUUAAAGAGUCUCAUGGCUCGGUUGCUAUGACGUCAUUAGUGCAAGCUAAGACAAUCAACUCCAGUGGUGUAUAUCUUGUGGGCCAUUUGGAUGACGAAAAGGGUCUCUCACCAGAACAAGGGAAACGAUUGUCAUUCAAAGAGGUGAUCCGACUGACGGUUCCCCUUAAAGAUGGAGGUGAAAAGGAGCAGAGGAAAACUUACUCUAUUGACGAACUGAAGGAUUUGCAGAGUAAACUGAUGUUGAUCGCAGGAAAGGCUGAAAAAGGGAAGGAUGACGUGGAGCAGUUCAUUAGGGUAAGUGAAAUACAACAGUUAUGUGGACAGUUAUCCGUUGAAGUUGUUGUCUAGCUGACCAAUUUAAAUAUCUCUAUCGAAUUAUAGAAUCUUGAAAGUGUCAUGCGUUUAGCGACUGCAUACAUCGACCUCUUUGAGUCUGGUUACAUUCAUCGUAUGAAUUGGAGCCAAAAAUAUCACUGUAGCGAGUCUAUCGCGAAGGAAGUGAAUAAGGAAAGUUCCUUCAUGGAAACGUGUUACAAGAAUUGGAAGAAGAAGGUCAGUUACGUCAGGAAGGAGUAUAGAGAAUUGAACUUCUUCACCACGCAGCAAUUGAUGACACUGAGGAAAGAAAUCGCCACAGUUUGCCACAGCAACGACCUCGCUAUGAGCAACAUUCAAGUGCUCUCUUUGCUGGAAAGUGUUCGUCCCAGUUUGACUAGCGAACAGUUAAAAUCAGCGAUAGAGCGUGCUUUUAAGGCCACAAAACUACUCGAGAACGCCAGAGGAACAGCGGAGCUGCCUUUGUUCACUCACGUUCCUUCAGACAACCUUCUAGUACAAACUGCAUCUAUCAAGAAACCGAAGCCAAAUGAAACAUCGAAGAUUCAAAGUUUCUUGAAUGCAGCUGCCGAUGAUGGUUAUUCGGAGCAGAUCGCGUUGGCUGCUUUGGCGAGUCUAGGUGUUGAUACAGAAGAAGAUGACUUACUUUUGUGGUGUCUAGAAAAAGCCAACGAGGCUGACAUCGAGGCUCUUUACGAAGAUGCGAAGCAGAAUCCCGUGAUUGCCCGGGAAAUCUCCUCAGAGGAGGUGGAGUCUAUUGAUCAGGAUGUGCCAGCCGAGGAUUUCGGGUAUGUUAGUAAUACCAACUAAAAUUAACUUUGGCACAACAAGGAACAUCAUUUUAGGUUAAUUCAAAAGUAUUUAAUCACGAUCACUUGACAAUAUUAACGUGAAAGAGAGAGAGAUAAUGUUACUGUUUGCGUAAGAUGCUUCCUUUCGAAAUAAAAGUUGCAAUUUACUUUUAAGUGAGAAUAGUUAAGCUCACGUGGUGACUGUGUCAACUUGAUGGUUUUCGAGAUAAGAUAUGAAAGAAACCAUAAAAACUGAAUUUUUUUUUCUUUUGCUUCAGUGAAAACGAAACCGACUCAGACCUGGUAUUGGAGAUGUCGUCCACGCCUGCUGAAACCAUUUUUGCAGAGCAGGCGGUUAGCAAAGACGAAGAUAACGAAACAGAGAUCAGUCAAUAUCUUACACUCACUCAGCUUGGAAACAUAUUAAGAGAACUUUCAGUGUUAGGUAAAACACUCGCUUGUAUUCAUGGAAAACAGCCAAAAACCGCUGCUGAGGUUUAUGAAAAAUCUACAGCUGCGAUAUCAAAAUUAUUCCCAUUUGUUGAACCAUGAACAUAAUAUUAAUUUCACAUUUCAGGAAUUGGAGCGACACCUCGCACCUUUCCAGCAUUCUUAAAAAGGGGACGACCCAACCUCAUGCUUGUUCCUGAAGGUAAGUCUAACAGGAACUCAGGGAGUACCUAAUCAGAUCGGUACAAUGUUUUGCGUAUUUUACAUGACAGCAUGUUUUCUCUACCAUGAUUUCUUUGUCCUACCCAUUUUGUUGUAGAUGACAUCCUUGCUACAGUCCUCGCCCUUUAUAUGCAUGACAAAAAGCAGCCUUUGCCAAGCCAUGCAGAGGUGCUCCUUUGCACUCCUUACACCACCACGGAAGAGGUAAAGUGUACAUUUCGGUAUGAUUUUCCUAAUAUAUAUAUAUAUCAUACCGUUAAAAGUAAAAUGAGUCGAGGAGUGUCGUCGCUUAAAACACCACAUCUUGAUUCUCAUAUCCAGCAGAUUGAGGAAAGUGGGGAAAUUUUCCGUUUAUGAGUUGAGUGCUUCGACCAUUAAAUUUGUUUCCUUCUAUCUGUUUUUUCCUUUAACGUAGAUCGAGUUGCUAUGGAGACGUGCAAUAGGGGACAUGGAGGGCAGCUUUUAUUGUCUCGCACACGCAGAUGUGUUGGAUUUUUCAGUCAGUAAACAAGCAGUGGAAAUGCUUGGUGUAGUGACACGGGGACUUGCUGGCAAGGCUGGAGAACGUGAGUUUGACUUGAGUUAAAUGAAACGUUUUUCAUCGGAAGGUCAAGUUUAUGGGUAUGAAUUAUCGGUGGUUUCUGUUACUUCUCAGAUUAUGGCCUGGUGAUAAUCUGCAGUAGCGAGAAUGAAGAUCGUGCCAACGUAGUAGCAGCUCUUGAUCAGUAUCGUGUUGCUGCUCCACCAUGUCCUUCGCCAGAUGACCUGAAAAGUUACCUCAAGCAUAAGUUCCAAGCACCUCCUUCUCAUUACGGUUACAUCAGUGGUAGUAAGAUUACUUGGACAACAGCUGGAUCCUUAGACCCAGAAAAGUAAGUUCUCGCUGAUAUUCCUAGAGAUUAAGACAGGGGAGCCUCCUUUCUGGAGAUACCCUUGGAGGUAAAAAAUGUCUAGGAAAAAAAUUUACCCUUAAAUACAGGUGAAAGAAGCAGAGUUUGUAGAAGUGUUUUGUUCAAACUGACUGAAGUCUCUGUUCCUUGAAUGAAGGAUUUCAAAAAGAGAAACCCUGUUGUAUGGUCCGAGCGGUAUGGUUCGAGAUAGCGGGCUUCUUUUGAUGAGGAUUGGUGCAGCUAACAAGCUGAUUCUUUUUUUUAGACUCUCCGUUCGAGUUGUCUCAUCACAUCGAGGAGGUUUGGGAAAGACUCUGUUUAUUCGACGCUUAACAGAACAGCUGCCUAACCUCGUAAACAACGACAUUGUUAUGACAAAUUUGCGAGGACGAGACUCAAAAACAUUCUUGCACGUGACCGUACCUCUUCAUGGAAACUCCACAGACUCGUCGAUGCUUGUUGAUGCACUUCUUCCCCAUGCAGUGAAGGCAAAUGUACCGCUGUCCCGAAUAUUCCAUCUGGACGUGUCACCUUCGGUAAGAUACUAAACGCAUGCGGGUUGAAAAUUAAAUUGAUAUUUCCAGUGGCCAAUACUCGUGAAAUGCACAACCGGCGCGUGUCUUCUGUCGCGUCAAAGGGCUGGAUUAACUUUAUCUAUGUACAAGUGCUGUCAGUAAGAUCUUGAGCGCACGUCUUUCCAAGUAAAUUUCACAUCAUUGAAUGCAGCCAGGGAAGCACUAGCGAAAAAUUCACAACUGAAGUUUCUUAAAGCUAUUCAGGCUCUUAACGUAAUCUUCUGCUGAAUUGCAGUCCCAAGGACAAAGACUCAAUUCACUUAUCUCAAUAUUUUAUGACAUGUUAUGUUCUCCUUUUAGAUGAGACAUGGUCUGGAUACCCUUAUUUUCAACCUCCUUGUCCUUGGCUAUCUUUGUGACAAGAUGGGGAGAGUGUGGAGGAGACAAAACACAGACUUGUACAUCAUUGAGAUUACGACCGAUGCUCCCCUACCCAUGGGUUUCAUUAGGGAGGACGAAGCUCAAAGUCAACAGGUAAGUGAAAAAGUUUUGGAGAGGGUGACUGUCAUCUACAGAUAUUAAAUCAGCAGAAUAAUGCAGUAGCACAAUCACGGAGAGGUUCUUCGUCCAUUGUAUUGUCGGUAAAUUAAAAUUUCGCUUGCUGAAUUUGGUGGAAGGAGGAAACACAACCAAUAAGAAAAGUUACCUACAUAUAACGUAAUGUAGUCAGGAAACCAAGCCGUUGCCCUAAUAGUGGAAAGCGAGUGCUCCCAGAACAAGGGGCCUGGAAGUUCAUGGGUUGAAACUUGGUAGUUUGAGAAUUCAAGAAGAGUAUUAACUAUCCGUUGCUUUAGGGAAAGUAGCUCGUGUCUUUCACUAUCUCUGCUUGUGAUGUCUACUACUCUUUUGAUUUUCAGAGACAAUCUGGAAAAUCCACAAUGUCUAAGCGCCCAUUUUAUGACCUGCUACCAACAAUUGAGUGUCAAACUCCAAGAAUUGUUCUCAGCCGUUUAGCAGAUAUUCCAGGUACUUAAUUGAGAUUCUCCUUCAAACAGCAGUUAGUUGCUGAUCAUUAAGUGUUUCCUUGACUUUUUUUUAGAUAAACAGGACUGUAAUCCCCUGUUUGACGUCACAGAGUUUCGAAACGCACCGUUCCAGAGAGUUUAUCAAUAUCUGAAACUAUUAAAUGAAGGAAGAACUGUUGACAAUUUUACGUUUUCGCCAGGAAAUGUGGAUGAAGAUCAAAGGACAUGCCUCAUGCUCCUUCUUAGGUUUGUUGCACGUACCUAAUUGAAUGCUCUAAACGUGUUAGCAGAUGAUGUUUGCUAACUCUUUCUUUGCUGAAAGGUACAUUAACAAUUUAAAAAUGAAAUACGAGAGGUUUCUUUGAAGGGAGACGUCCCUUUCCAACUGGAUGCUUAGGCACAUACGUAGAAAAAAGAAUUAUUUUCUCUUUCUUGUUGAAGGUUGUUUAAACAAAUUGUUUGGUCUGCCAUCAUGGUUACUUACUACUGUUUAAUUCGCAGAAAUUGUGGUAUUCCUGAUCCCUCGUGGUCAGAGAUUCGUCAUUUUGUGAGUUUCUUGAACUCGCAGCUCCAAGACUGUGAACAGAGUUUUUAUUGUGACAUGCAGCUGAUGAGGGCUGUUUUAGCAGGACCUGAUGUCCUGAAUCUUGAAGGCUUCCGCUCCUUUGUUGUGCGCUUUAUGAUACAAAUGUCAAGGGUAAGCUGGCUUUUCAAAUCUUUGCUCACCCAACUUUCUUAUAGGGUCCUGCUAGCUCUAAAUAACUCGGAUACUGAGUUUUGAUUUAUUACCGUGAUUAGUCGAGCCUCUGAGUCUUCUGGUGGCUUUGCAGCAGCAGUGAGUACCAUAAAGAGCUAUUUCCUUUCCUUUUAGGAUUUUGCUACUCCAUCUCUGACAGAAGAGAACACUGUAUUCUGUACAGAGGACAACGCAGAGCUUGAACGAAAAGAGACCGAACAGCUUCAACUUAGAAGACGCUGGGAAAGCAGGUGAGAGCUUGACUAUUUUUGCUAUAAUUCAAAAAUUUACAUUUUUAAUGAUUAUCACUGGCAUUUGUUUUGUGACGAGUUAACUUAGACAGGUUAACUAUCACGUAGCAAUCGUAUCGAGAGCUCGCUUUGCGCUAAAAUUAUUAGAUAAGGACUAUAUCCUCUCUUAAUCUCCCAUGUUUUGAAUGCAGUGUGUCUCAUGAUAGUCCUUUUGUUAUUCAGUCCUCAUCCUUACUUGUUCUUCAACCAAGACCGCAUAACUAUGACGUUUCUUGGUUUCUUCAUCAAUUCCGCUGGCGACCUUGUUGACCCACAAACAAGUCAAACUUUGGAGGAAGGUUUAAUGUCCCAACCCCUGCGAAAUGGUCUGCAGGCCCAACGUGUCGAUUUUGCAACAAACAUAGAGACCUCCAAAAAGUAAGUGCCAGACAGUAAACCCAUUUGUAGCUAUUUUUCUUUCAAGACGAGUUAUUACAAUUAACCUUGGUUCCUUCAGGAGUCAAGUUGAUAAAUUGUUUCUCGUGAAGACUGUGGUAAGACUGGCAAAAUUCGUGGAUAAGGGACUCAUGCACACGGCAUUUAGGGGGAGAAUUCGUCCGGCCUCGAUGCACCUCCUGGAAGGGAAAGUAGCUUUUUACCGAAGCUUUUAGUUCCUACGUGACACUUUGUUCCAUUGUGAUGUAUUUUGUACUACAUAUCAACUCUGUUUUAGAGAGGACAAGAUAAAUCAGUUAUGUGCUGUGAUGGGGGUAAACUGGUUGUACGAUCCAGACAUAGCCUAUGAAUUGACUACAGACAAUGUCAAGAAGAUUCUGGCUAUCCACAUGAGAUUCAGGUAAGAGGUAGUGAUAUAUUGUUUUUAAUAAUCCCCUUUUCAUUUUCACUACAACUUACCGUCAGACUAUGCAAGGGUCAGAGCAAAGUCAACCCUCAAUUUAAAUGGCAGCGAAACUGAAACAUAUCGAACACAAAUCCAAACACCAUUUUGCCUUUUCCUGACAGAGUGAAUGGGUUUUCACUCAUUUCUGAGCUUUAACAUUUGCAGAUGCAACAUCCCUGUGAUCGUGAUGGGUGAGACCGGUUGUGGUAAGACCCGUCUCAUUCGAUACAUGUGUGGCCUACAAGCAGGGCCUGAAGGACCCCGAAACAUGCUUCUCGUUAAGGUGAGUUGAUUAUUAGAUUUUGAAUACUUCUUUUCACCAGCAGCGUCCGAACUCCGUAUUUUGGUGGUGAUACUGGUGGAUAACAUGUUUUAAGUUAUGAUGGUGGCCAUUGCGAUGAAAUGUUUUUGGUGGAAGUUAUUGGUGGUGAUGAAACUGGUGGUGCUCCUCCUGGGAAUAUUGUAUCGAUGAUGAUGCGAGUGCUGUAUGUUGCAGAUGGUGGCGCUGUUGAGGUCGUGAUUUCACGAUUUCGGUGACGAGCUCAUCUUGAUGGUGAUGGUGGUAAGUCUAGUGGUAGCGAUGGAAAUUGAGAUGGUUUUAAUGGUGGUGUUGUCCGUGUUGGGAUGGUGUUGAUACUGCUGGUGGUAGUGGUACAUACAUAUACAUACAUACAUACUUUAUAAACGUGGUUGACGCCUAGCUAUAUAAAGCCAGUAUACAGGUCAGUCACGAAAGAAAAGAUAAAUAAAUUGUCGUGGUGACUUUAAACGUUGAAGUAGAGCUGAUUCUGGAGGGAAGCGAUAGCGCUGCUCCUUCUGCUUGUAAGGAAUCUUUUCCAGAAAAUAAGUUCAACGCAACACCUAGUUAACAGCUACAUUAGUUUCAAAACGUUGUAUACACUCCUUUCUGUUGAGACUGAAUGACACACAUGGCUAUUACACUUUCCUCAUACAUCAUUUUCUUUUCAAGGUUCAUGGUGGUACAACAUACGAAGAUAUCAAGCUCAAAGUUCACCAAGCAGAAGAAAUGGCCCGCGCAAAUCAAGAUAAGAAUAUUGACACAGUUUUAUUCUUUGACGAAGCCAACACUACAGAAGCACUGACCAUGAUUAAGGAAGUUAUGGUGGACCGAAGAAUCAAUGGUCGGCCUAUUAGUCAAGGGCUAGAAAGGCUGCAGUUUAUUGCUGCCUGUAAUCCUUACAGAAGGUAAAAGAUGUGUCUUUCGCUCUAAGCUUAACUAAGCGUAGAGUGUCUUAGAAAUGAAUGGUAAGAGCAAAGUGUUGUUUUCUUAUGUAUUUCUAGGCACACAGAUGACAUGAUCCACAAGCUCGAGUCAGCUGGUCUUGGAUAUUACGUGAGAGCAGAUGAAUCAGAAGAUCGGCUGGGUAGGGGACGUUAUAGGUUUGAAUUUCCUUAGACUUCUGUUGGAAAAUUGAUUUUGAGAAAAGACGAGUGUUAACGGAUCUCUGAAUCACAGGUGGUGCCUUGUUCAGAAUUCUUUGUGAAGCUUCAACGUUGAAUGAUUCCUAAAAGGGAGGAACUUGCCUACUGGGUUACACCCUGUAAAGAAAAAAUAAUCGCGAUCAAGAACAGGGACAUUGUGUCCUACAUGCAAAUGCGAUAAAGCAUAGUGGUGAAGUAAAAGGUCGCUUGGAAAUUAUUUUUUAGCAAUAAUUGUUCUUCACAGGUCAUAUCCCAUUACGUCAUCUUGUUUACCGUGUACACGCCCUCCCAGGGAGCAUGCGCCCGUUGAUAUGGGAUUUUGGUCAGCUGAAACCAGAUGUAGAGAGACUGUAUACUAAUCAGAUUGUCAGCCGUUACGUAAGUAUAUUCUAAUAGUCCCUCUGAACUCAAAAGAUGUUCUUUCUAACCCGUAAACUAUUAGUCCUCGGUCACAUGUUUUAUUAUUGUAACUCGAGAUAUGUGCAUUUUAUCUGAGAUUCAUUAAGACAUAAAGAUAAAAAGGAAGUGAAUCUAGAAACGCAUGAUAUGUUCAAGAGAGCUGAGUGAACGUUUUCACUGACCCUACGAUAUGGUAAGUGGAAAUAAAAAUUUUGAAUCAUGGUACGAGGCUGGAGUACAGGAGGUAUGGCAUUUAGUUAUUUAUAUCCUACUAAUUUUAUGAAUAAAUCCUGAAAGAAAUGAAACACCAGUCAAUCAAAUUAGGAUGGGGUUGUUGCUUUGACUUUUUCCGUUUCCUGGAAUAACCUCGAGUGAAGAGAGCAAACGCCACUCUACUCCUCCCUAGACUAUCUUUCAUACAAUUUAAUGUUACUUUUUUGUGUUUCGGUUUUUUUUUAUGAUAGAUUCUUCACGAAGGACAACUAGUAGGAGACCCUUCUACAGUAGAAGCAGUCACUGAGGUUCUGGCAGCCUCGCAAAAAUAUAUGAGAGAUCAAUCGGUGCGUGAAAAGUUUUAAAACACUCUUUUGUGCAUUAGAUAUAUUAGUGUUAUAAAUUACCUUUUCAAUCACACAAUGCCGGUGCAAGCCCAAAGAGAGAAUAACCUUUUUUUUUAAAUCAAGGAUGAGUGCAGCUUUGUUAGUCUUCGCGAUGUCGAGAGAGCCAUGCAAGUGAUGGUCUGGUUUUAUAAGCACGUGGAUACACUCGGUAGACUCAUGAAAAAGGUGACCGCUGAGCAACGAAGGGAGGAAGGAUUAGAUGUCGAUGAAGAUGAUGAGGAAGAAGAGAUGGUAAUAAAGCCACUUGACAUUUAUGCUCUAUCAAAUAAAAUUCUGAUAGGAUUUCCACGAAAAUUGGACUAAGAAAGAUGGUAAACUCUGAAAACAUUCCUCGUUUUUAGGACUUCGGACGUACCUUAUUGAGUUAUUGUAUGAUCUUACAAAAUAAUGAUCCGGAAUGAAUUGCUGAAAAUUUGAUGCUAUAAGGCAUCAUCUUGCUCAAACCACAAAUAGGUGUGUGUAUCAUUGAGGAAGUCCAAUUAUGUUUGAGGGGUACAGAGUGGGGUCGCGAGAAUUCUGUCUAAGAGAAUAUGAUAUUGUAUAUUCCGCAGGAUUCAAUCUCUCCUCUUACCCGUGCCCUGGUACUCGCCAUUGGUGUCUGUUAUCAUGCCAAGCUUCAGGAGCGGCGUGAAGAAUAUCGCACUAUCGUGGCACGCAGCUUUAAGGCGCCAUGUCUGCUUCCAGGUGGGCAGAAGCAGAUACACCGUGAGAUUUCAAGGUAUGAGGAGAGUCUAAUACAACGCGGUCUACUUCAUGCGAAGGAAUUCAUGACUGAGCCUAUUUCACCUUUUACGUACCCAAACAGAAAGACAUUUAUUGCGGCCAGUCAAUUGACAUUAAAAAGUAUAUUUUAUAAAGGAAAAGAAAGUUUGAUCCAUAUGUAUGUGGUAUUAACAGAAGUCUGAUCAACAAGAAAAGAGUUGUGGAGUUCGGGUUUUUUACUCACACCUUUGGUAGUUCUUUACCAUAUGUAAGCAAGCAAUUUACCUCGUGUCCCAAUUUUGUCUGUGAUAGUUGUCAAAAAGCUGUGCUGAACGAGUUGGAUCUCGGCCCCAACAUUGCUCGCAACGCAGCCUUGAGCGAAAAUGUGUUUAUGAUGGUGGUGUGCAUUGAGCUCAGGAUCCCACUAUUUGUGGUUGGAAAACCUGGCAGCUCAAAAUCUUUGGCAAAGACAGUUGUUGCUGAUAACAUGCAAGGCGAUGCUGCAAGAUCGCUACUAUUCAAGACCUUCAAGCAGGUUAUAUAGCCAUUUCAGAUACACUAUAAUGUCUUUUUCUCCUUUCCCUAAGUGGAGAGCUAUUAGGAUCGAUGUAAUGGGAUUCGUAGGAGAUAUGUCGAUCUCGCCGUAGUCGAUGUCCUGGUUGCAUUCAAGUUCUAGCUUUGGCUGGGUUAAUAAGUUGACCUGGUCAAGACACGUUACUUUAGCAGCUUCUUUCUGCACAAAAAAGUACGAAUGGUGAUCAGCAUACUUUCACGGAAAAUAGUUGAAUUGCUUGGGGAUAUUCGUCAACCAUUCUCUAUCUGGUCACCAACGGUUUUACGUGCUUUUCGGUAGUCCAUAGUACUUCUGCUUUACGUUUUGGUAUCGGCAGCUAUACAGUAAAGAGGAUGUUAAUAUCAGAGUCACACCAAGCAAUUUUAAUGCCCCUUCAAAUAGGGUUCUAUGCGUAAUAUGCUUAUGUUUACUCCAAGGUCCGUUUUUAAAAACAGUAUAACUAUUUAUUUCAUGGUAGGUUCACAUGGCAUCAUAUCAGUGCAGUCCCCUAUCAACCCCUGAGGGUAUCGUGGCGACUUUCAAGCAGUGUAGCAAGUUACAGGAAGGAAAAAAUCCAGACAAGUUUGUUUCAGUUGUAGUCCUUGAUGAGGUUGGUCUGGCAGAAGACUCUCCUCUCAUGCCUCUUAAAACUUUGCAUCCAUUGCUCGAGGAUGGUGUAACAAUUGCUGAUGACGUCAUCGAGACUGACGAGAAACCGCAGCGCGUAGCUUUCAUUGGAAUCUCAAAUUGGGCCCUGGAUCCCGCCAAAAUGAACCGGGGAAUCAUGCUGUCGCGUGGGGUUCCAAGCGAGGGAGAACUCAUAGACAGUGCUAUGUAAGUGAAUUGUAUGGUAUCCUUUCGCUUUGGCACUCACAUAAACCCAUGCGGAAAUGUUAUUGCGGUCACAUAAAUAGUUUCGUUGGACCUUGUGAAACCGUCAUAACUAUGGUAAAGAAGCUUUAGACUAAAAUAAAUCAAAUUGCUUUUGAUCUCCGUUAAAAAUGGUAACCUUUUGAAAUGAAUUUUAGUCCCUCCACCCACUUUGAUAUGGUGAUAUCUUGAAAAUCGAUAUUAACCAAUAACUUUCAGCAUGAUAAACACAGGGAAAUUCCCAAAGUAUAAAAUUUGACUAAAAUUUUCUCGAAUGUUUUCAGAGUUACUUUGCUAUGUUUUCAGUCAGUCCUCCGUCGUUCUGAGUCAGGUUUGGAAACAGACAUUCCUUGCAUUCCUUAACACAUUUGAGUAUUGUUUUUCAGGGGAAUUUGCUCCACAGAUGAAGUGGUGAAAGCUCUUAUCCUGCCUCUCAUUUCUCCACUGGCCGCUGGAUAUGCACAACUUUACCAGGAACAGAAAAAUUUUGCAACGUUAAAAAAAUGUGGCAAAGAAGAAUUUUUCGGUCUUCGUGACUUUUACAGGUUUGAUAUCUGAGAGCGUACCUUUUACAUCGAUUCUUUUUAGCUCGCUUCUUUCAUGAUGAAUUUACUUGGAAAUUAUGUGCUCGAAGUGAUUCACCUAUUUUGUCUCUUUACGCAAGCCUCAUUAAGAUGGUGUACGCAAUCGCUGCAAAAUCUCAACAAAGACCUCGCUGGCAUCAACUACAACACGCUAUCAAGAGGAACUUUGGUGGCCUGAUUGAAGGAGACCCUGUAGAGAUAUUCAAACGCUACUAUACCGAAAAAGAAGUAAGUUGACGCAUAGAGCUAGUGUCGAACUUGUUUCUACAUUGCGUUCACUCUACUUGAUUGCGAUGUAACCAAUCAUAAAGCACUGCAAAAUGGUACAUUAAAUCAUGACCAUACAGUGAAAAUUUGAUCGAUUGUAUCAGUUGAGGUUUAUUCACAUAAAAUGUAAGGGUUUUUUCAUAUUUUAUUGGGUUGAUACAUGUAUUUUUAGCUCGGAAAUUGAGUCAACACAGGGGCAGGAUUUAAUUAUUUGCUUAACCUGACUUUUUCCUUGUCAAUGAAGGAUGACUACGUAGCCGAAACCACAACAAUAAGAUUGAUCGAGGCAAGUCUUGGAAGGGAAGACGUAGCAGAUAGAGCCAAUUUCAGGUAUAUGUAUAGUUCAUCCCAACCUAAUUCUUUUAUUCCUUCUGAGAGUCGUUUAUAAGUAGCUGAAAUAAAAUAAUGUCGGAUAACUGUUCAUGUUAACUAAAUGUCUUACAGUGAAAACCGUUAUCUUCUGAUUCUGACUGAAAAUUACGCCGCCCUACCCAUCAUGCAGCAGCUUCUUUUGAGAACAGCAGAUAAUGCAGUUGUCAUCUUUGGAAGUAGUUUUCCUAAUGACCAGGAAUACACUCAGGUAAAAAGCAUGGGGGGAACGACUCCUUAUAUCUUACGACGUUGGCAAUACUCCUCUCAACUUCAAAACUAACACAUUGCUGUUAACAGAGUUCUAUUAAUUACAGUUUGCGUCGGUGUCCGACAUUUCACGAUAAUACUUACUUGUCUUUGAUUUGGCACGACAGUGUACUCAGGACUUACUAUCAAAUAUUUACAGAGAUUGUUGGAGAAGUAAACGAUGAUGGCACUAAAACGUAAACUUAUGGAUAUAAGAACAAAUUUUGUUCCGUAGGUAUUUAGUUCCAUGUGCAAGUCGAGAGAUUAUUGUUUCUGGUGUUCCGUACAAGACUCCUAAAGUAAAUAGUUUUAACUGUACAACUUAUGUCAAUAACUUGAUAUCCAGAUUUGUCGCAACAUCAAUCGCAUCAAGGUUUGUAUGGAGACAGGAAGAACAGUGAUCUUAUUGAACCUUGAAAGUCUCUACGAGAGUCUAUACGACGCCCUAAAUCAGGUGUGAGAUAUCCGUUGCAAAUGUUGUACAUUUUGUUGUUAACAUUCGCAAUGCCUCUCUUCGUUGGGGCCAAGCAGAAUGUGCCCUACUUGUAACACUAUGCUAAAGAGUAUUGUAGCUAUUAUUGCAUAUAAAGAAAAAUGUUUUUUCGUCUUGUCACGAGCGUGGGACAAAGAAAAAAUUCGGAGUCCCCAUGAGGUAUCAAACCUCAGACCUUCGGAUUCCGCGUUCCGAUGCUCUAACCACUGAGCCACAGAGACUCCACGGUGAGCGAGGUCUAUCACGAAGUUCAUAUGACACGCGUCCUGUAUACCGCUAGCAAUGUCGAAAGCGUAAUGUUUGUAGAUAGAAAUAGGAGAGAUGGUAAGUUUUUGAGCUCGGUAAAGAAAUAGAUAAAGAUGUUUUUUCGUUUUGUCACGAGCGUGGGACAUGCAAAAAUAUUCUGCCCCAUGUGGGACAUAUGUUAAGUCAUGUCUUCAAAAAUAUUCUGAGUCCCCAUGAGGAAUCGAACCUCAGACCUUCGGAUAUGUAUAUUUAUGUGGAGGAUAACACACCUGUUAAGUCAUGUCUUCAAUGGUAUUUGUUUUGGCAGAAAGGGGCAAUGGUUAGCUGAAGUGGAAAAGGAUUAAAUUGAGGUAAUAGGGUGUUAACUUGGAAAAAUUUUGAGUCUUAACUUUCUUGGUAUGCUGGUAUUUUUAGUAUUUACCUCGUAUGUGUCCCAAUGUGUCCUCGUAGCUCAGUGGGGAGUGUCUUUCUAGAGACGAAUCCUGUGUAAUCCUGGAUGAUUUCACUCCCUUUUUGUUAUUGUGGUUCAGCUGUCACCGCCAUUUCGUUACUUGCUAUCCUCCGUGGGUCGAAAAUAUGAUUUAUUUUAUUCACACCGUAAUAGUGAGGUUUAAAAAUCGUACUUCUGUUUUGUGGCAGUAGUUUCCUUGACUUCUAUAUCGAUCGACUCUAAGCAGCCAGACAGAAAGCAUAGUAAAAGCAUAGUGUGCUCUUCACGUUGUAGUCUCCUUCGUUGCCUGGAGUACGUUUCCAAGACAAUCUUUAGCCUUUGUCGUUUUCAUCGUCAUCUUCAUUCUUUCGUUUUCCUUCGUUUUCCUUUGCGUUCCUUCACAAACGCAAUACUAGUGAGCCGUGGAGCCUUAACCUAUUGUUUUCAUCGCUUUGAGUUUUAAGUCGCUCUACCUUACUCAGAUUAAUCGUGAUUGCUGAAAAGGAAGUGGUGUACAACAACUUUCCUAUUCCGUUGAUCAACCGCCUGGAGAAACACUUCCUUGUGACCUUAACAAGUUUGACUACUGACCAGAAGGACUUAGUACAGAAAAUGGGGACCUGGGCCGGUGAAUUUGCUGAGGUUUCGAGUGAAGGCAGACGUGGCAGGUGAUGUUACAAAAAAAGGGUCUCGAGCCCUUUGUUAUGAGGACAUUCGAUGUUAUUGCAUUUUGCAGGGUUUGGAAUACUGCGCGAUUUUGAGUGUGCUUUGUGCGCAUGAUUACAAAAAAACUGUUAGCUUUUUCUCGAUGCUGAGGCACACUUUAAAAUAUCAUUAAAGUAAAGCAUAUGGAGCAACUAUUCAUAAUAUUAUUUUGGGCGACUUUAUUUUAAUAUUUUUAAUUUGAUGUUUGGUAACAGGGACUUCUCCAUCGGAGAAGCUUUUGUUGGAUUUCAUGAGGAUACCAUUCCCUCAAUUGUCAUGCAAGUCUGCAAUGAAAUUGGAGGAGAAGACCACUCAUCGGCAAGUUACGACACAGAGGAUACAUGGGAAAUGAAAGUACGCUUCACGGAAAUGUCAUUUUAAGAUAAAUACAUCUUGAUGGCCCCUGCGUGUUUUAAAAAAUGGGAGAUUUUGCGAGUUGCAUGAAUUUUUACUCCGUUGAGAACACUUCGCCGGUACAGCGAACAAAUUCUGCCUGAAUAUAUUUAGCAAUAAGUUUGAGGAUUAAUGAUUUGAGGAUUAUGUAAAUUGCUUAUAUUUUUUUUUUCUGAAUUAUUAAAUACGUAUUGUGUUACGGACUUGAGAUUCUUGUCGAUCACCUUGAGAAGCGCGCGAAAUACGGGACAUUAAAUGUGACUCCUAUUUUAAUUCUUUGCCUGCAAUAUGAAUUGGGCUUCUAAUGACGAAGAUUUUAGUGUAAAGUAUAGUUUUGCACUCACUAGACCAGCAAAGUAACGUUGUAAGUGUUUUUUUUCCCACCUAAAAGGUACUUCGAAGAUCUCAGAUGAUGCUUUUAGAGAUGGCUACACCAGAUGCAAUUGCUCGCCUUCCUCACACUGCUUUGGAAAGACGAGCCCCUGAUAUCUGGAGGGCCUACUUUAAAAAGCAACAGCACUCAAGUUUGGCGACGUUCAUGUCGCACGUGCUCAAUUUGGAGGAUAGACGUUUUGAUGAAAAGCGUCAGGAGGGGCUCUUGAUUCAAGUUAGUGAUGGGGAUACAAUGCCCUUAGUUUAUCGUCUUGUGUAUAGUUAACUUCUCUCUUGAGUAAGAUAGAGGACUUAAAAAUCACAUAAGCAGCAAUUUUUACAAGCCCUAACAGUACAGUAACGAUACCAACAUGUUCUAAAGUGGUUGAGUGAAACUGAAGACCCUUAUCCGGAGCAAAGUCUUACAAGGCGUUGGAGCACGCCCGUAAGUAAUGUCCCAUCUUCAAAUAAUGUUUCCUUGAACCAGAUUUAACCGUAAGAAAAUCAGCAACAGACAACUGGAGAAAUAAAUUUACGUAGGGUUGACUUAAUGACUAACUUGUAUUUUUAAUGUGCUAGAUUUGAAGUUGAAAGGGAUUAGUUUACGAAUUCCCAAUUUAAAUUCUAGCUUCAGUUUUUUUGUGAACGGGGUAUGGCUGUCUUAACUAUGUUUUAAGUUGGCAAUAGGAGAUUCAGAACGAGAGCAAGGAACAUAUUUGUAAUGCUGACCCUCGACAUGCAUGCUGCUUUUCAUCUUUGCUUUAGAUUACUACUCAUUCACGUCUGCUUUCUAAAAACGAUUUGGAAGACAUAUGCAAUCAAACUGGCUUUGAACGAUCGACUGUGGAUUCCAUGACCCUUCAACAGUUUCAAACGGAACAACAGUUCAGAGCUUCAGUUAGGUGAGAUCUUGAUGCAAAUCAACGUGUAUGGACAUUGUAACUACAUUAAUUGUGCAGCAUGAUUCCAUUAUCGGUUAGAAACGAGCUAAUAAAAAGAUAGAAAGCGUGAAAUAAGGUGAGAUGAGUUUCCUUUUCUGUCAACUUCAGGGAAUAAUUGUUGAAGAGAAGAACCUUUAUUGGGACAUUUUCAAGUUUUGUUUAAGAGCGUUACUUUUUAUAUCUAUUUAUUCGAUAAAUUCUACUUUGGAUAAUUAGACAUCUACACUAUAUGAAGCACAACCGGCAUGUACUACUCACCGUCUGUGCAAAUUUUGUCUGUGGCUAACACAUUGACAGCUUAAAGUGUAUCUCACGUUGUACGUCUCAAAAACUUUGUCAUGAUGUGUACCUUUUUUUCUCAACUGAAAUGAGCCGUCAUCUUUUUCCGUAGAACAUUUAUUGAAGACCUUGGUGGAGAAUGUCGUGGUAUUCUUCUGGUUCAGUGUGAUUCAGGAGAAGAAAACUUCAACCUGAUUGCAGGUGCAAGACACAUUCUAAUGGAAGAACGAACAAACGCGUCUGAAAUGCUCAACUUGUCUUCGUUGGAAGCUGUCCAUAUUGUGCUGAUCACACAGCUGCCAAGAAUUGCUGGUGGAUGUUGCAACUUUGUCGGUUUCCAGGGUGGAAAAUGGAUGUCCGUUCACAUUGAUGAACUUCGUCCACCCGGUAGGCACACUCCUUCCAUCGAGCAACUCAUCGAUCGUCCCAUUAGUGAGCUUUUUAAUGGAGACCCCACUGAGGAAGAUGAAUCCAUGCCAGCGUUGACGGUGGCAGUGAAGCUCCUUCGUAAUUGUGUACAAGCGGCUGCUUGUAGGUUUGAUAGCGAAACGGAAUCAGCUGAACGGUCAACUCAUAGGAUUGAGCUGCUUUUGGAUUUACUACCUGAUGACUAUCAAACUCAAGAGGGUUAGUAAAGAGAAACAAUAAACAAUAUGACAUGAUAGAAUUUCCGAAAAGUUCACAAGUCUUUCAGUUUAAGGAAUAUAGCCUUUUCAAAAGAUGCGAUCUAAGCUUACAGGGUUUUAAAUUUGCCUUUCUUCAUAUUCGGAAAGCGAACGCAAAAUCUCUAAAUUUAAUUUGAUUAUUGCAAUCAUUCAAUUGUAACAUGGCUUUUAUCCUCAAAAGAUCCCCAGAAAUUUGCGGGACGAUAUCGAUUAUGGCGCGUCUUCUCCUGUAAUUGAGAAGAAUUGCUAUUUCUUCAUGAAAUGAUACCAAGAAGAGGAGACCUUCAGAUUGGCGAACAGCAGAGUUGUUCCGAGACAUACAGAACAAUUCUCCUUUUGCUAUUGCUGUGGUAGUGUAAGAUUAAUACACCACUCUUUUGUAGAGGGCAUUGUUAUGAAGAAGCUACGAAGGACAAUCCAUUUAUAAGGCAUCCCAAAGUUGUGACCAUUUUCGUCUCUGGUGUUGUCAGGGAAGUUGCGAGAAUGGCAAGGGUGGAUUGAUUGGGUUAUUCAUCGCUUAAAGCUCGGAACCUAUUUAAUCAACAAAGCAAUAUUGGACUGGAACGAGCAUCAAACUUGCAAUCUUUGUUGAUCCAUCAAACCAAUUCAAUAUUGGGCGCAGAACUAAAGAACUUUGAGUGUUUUUCAGAAUUGUAGUUUUGGGGGCAAUCGCUGAAGGAACGUAACAUUGUGUGAAGUGAGUGGAAAAAGCCAGGUUUAAUGCAGCAAUUGGUAAAAUUCAACUCCUCAAUUUCAUUAUUUUAUUAAUUUGUUUGAACCUCACUCCCAUCUCUUUUAAGAUGAAGAGUCGUUUGCAAGCGUUGCAGUACAAAGAACAUACCACCUCUUAAAGGAAAGGGAGCAAACAGCGGGAAAUCCACAAAGGUGGCUCCAAUCAGAAGCUCUGUCAGGAACAGGGGUGCAAGAGUGGGGCACCUUCAGAAAGGCUCUUCUGCAGCGAGUGUUCUCAGUUGUGGUUCCUAUUUUGGCUGAGAUCGUUGCAUUGGCAGACAGAGACGGCAAUUUAGAUUUGUUGAAGAAUGACAACACGUGGGUUCCGAGGCUGUGGCUGAAGAUCUUGGCCGACCGUAACAUCUCAGAGCUGAGUUACAGUGACAUGAUAUCACCCGCUACUAAUGCUGUCCGAGAACGUGUUCAAGUUAUUGGCUCUGGGGACGGUGGUCAUCAUUUUUCUCGCCGAUUUCCAUUUUCUUUUAUUAUCAAGCAACGCGUGGAAAAAUUGUUAAAAGAUGCAUCUAGCGUCGAAGGUACACGAACUAUUUUUUGCAUUUGUUUUCCUAUUUUUUCACCGUCGUCUCUCUGUUUUACAUAAUGAGUGAUUGACACAAAACAGUCACCCUAACUAAGAUUUAGUGUAUGAUCAUCACCAUAUGAGUAAAUCGAGACUGACGACUACUACUGAUGCAGUCGUUUCCUAAAUUUUCUACUGUUCACGAAAACAGGAAAUGGUUAAAAAUCCAGGGACGAACAUAAAAGAUAUCACUAAAAAUAAAUUUUCACUCAUGGGAAUCUCGAUAUGCACUAUAUGUUCUGAUGUUCAUGACGUUAAUGAGGUAAAUUUAAGAACUCUGUGUAGCAACAGUUGUCUCAUGUAUGUUUUGUUUCCUCGGUUGCAGCUCAUUCUAGCGCCACUCUGUUAGACUCUCUUCGUGAACUGAUUGGUAACUCGCAGUUGGGACCCCCACUCGCUGAAUUGCACCGUCUGCACUCCGCGGAACUGCAGUAUCUGAUGGAUUUUGUUCACAUGGUGUACAAGCCUUCCAGCGAUAUGGAGCACGAGGUUUCAUUUCUACCUGUGUUUUCAUCGCAAUAUCAGAUUUCCUUGGAUAAUAGUUAUAUUUUCUUUCGUAGCGCUUGCUUAAUAUGCUCUUCACCCAACGGGCAUCCUUUCCUGUGAGAAAUCGUUUUAAUUGUUACUUUAUAAACGUUAGCGAUCAAAAACGAUGAAAAUAUAUCGAAUAUGUUACUAUACAAGAUGGAGAUUGACCUUUUGAUGGUAAAAUCAGGGAAAGUCAAAGAAAAAUAUCAAGCUUUUAAGUUGUAAGAUGAUGCUCUCGUUAGCACGAUUACAUUUGAGUUUGCUUUUUUUCCCUCUAUUCUUUCAGCUUGUUUACGAAGCGAUUCUUUCGUCAGCGAGAGAAAUUGUUAUCCUGGAAGGUGAGGAUGGUAACGAGUCCAUUGAUAUAGCACUCGUUCAUGUUGCGCAUAGUAGAGUUCAACACCGUUUGAAGUGUUUUGAUACAGUCGUGAAAGCGAAUCCUCAUCUGGUACCAAGACUACGGGAAGCUCUUCAAGGAAACGAGCCAGAAGUGGUGAGUUUAGGUGCCUUAUUGUGGCUGUUUGUAAUACGUUAGUUAUAAGUUCAUCCUUAUUUUAAUGAGCUCCCAAUUUACUCGAAUAUUCUAAGAUAUUAUAUAAACAGAAACUUUAAUUAGUAGUGAUUAUUAACAUAAUUUCUACCACAUUAGGCAAAACUUUCCGUAGGGGUCUCCUACACUGAUACAUUUAAGUCCCUCAGGCAGGCCAGGUUAUUUUAUAUGUCUUGUUUUAUAACUGAAAAUUAUCACCUCUUUGUAAUGGCUAGGCAGUCACAAGCGCAAAAUGAGCCCCUCCCUCUUCCGUUUCAGGCAAAACGUUUCAUAUUGUUUGACCGUUCUGUGAUAUGUUCUUUUCUGUGACUCUUUUAAUCUUUAAAAUUUCAUACAGCUUUUGGAUGUCAUAGCAUUAACCAUUUGUCUUGAGACACUGGAGCCUUCACAAGAGAUGUUACUUUCUCAGGAGACACGACGAACAUGGUGUGACAGAAUUUUGUCUAUAAGGCCAGCAGUGGAAGACAUGAUAAGGAAAGAGAGGUUUGGACCUGUCACGGAGAAAUGUUCAAACUUUGGAGAGAGAUCAACAGUAAUGCUUGGUCACUGCAGGUAACAAAGCACCCAAUUUUCCCUUUAUGAGGUUAGUUUUGACUGUGACAUGAGCAGAAGCUGACUAAAGGCUUUGUUGCAGUUAGUUUAAUAGGCAGACCUUAUUGAUAAGACUAUAUAAUCAGUCAGUCAUUUUCUUGCUCCGUCUUUUAUGAGAGGAUUUUGCAUGUUUAAAUAGUUGGUCUUUGAGCCAGCCAUGCUUAGUAACCAAGUGCUUACACAAUCUUUUAAGAGAGUAAACAUCGUAAACAGAGAACUUAAUGAUACAUCUUCAAAGAGGUAUUUAGAUCUUUACUUUAUCUGGGCCAACUUGGAAAUUUGUUAUUUGAGAAUUUACAGGAAAUGAUUCUAGGUUUUAAGGACGACACGAGAAAGCGAAUUUUGCAAGGCUUUUGUCUUGGUGACUUUUUCGAAUUCUUCCUGUACAUAUUUCUUAAAUUUUUUUUUAAGGCAAAUCGUUAGUAGUAUCUUGUUUUAAAGGGUUGUCUAGAGGACCCGUUUGGUAGAAUGUACUAGGACGUGUAUACAAAUGAGAAAGUACUGCUAAUUAUUAUAUUAUUUCCUUCUUGUGUGGAUCAGAUCCAUGUGGCAGCGAACAGGAGCUGUUCGACUCUUUGUGGAGCACGUGACUUUGUUCGCCGAGAAAGAUGAUGAUGACAAUUCCGAGAGCGUUAUCAGGUUGUGGAAGGUAGGUUAGAGUAAGGAGAUACGAAACGGAAAUAAUGAACUAUAAAUAAGAAUUCGAUAAUGCAAACUGCUCUCUUCUGAAGGUUUUGGGAGAUGAAACUGACUUUUCAUCGCUGAGAUCGCUGCAGACCAUCGAAAAAUUCUUGAUUAACUACAGUGAAGACAUCAAGCAGAGGUAAACCAGCACGUUAUGUACAAUUUAGUUGUUAUAUUUCUACAUUAUAGGGUCUCAAUCUUCGCAAGUUUCAGAGACUGCACAAAUUCUCCCACAACUAAUUUCGGGUAAAGUCUGACACGAGCCCUCACUUGUCAUAAAGUUUUUCAGGACAUUAUAUCUACUCCAGGCUAACCAUCUCCUGAUAUUUCUCUGGUGGUAUUGAUUUACUUAAUUGAAAGUUAAAGCGGAGUGAAAUUUGGGAACAUUUCAAGGCUUGUAAUUGUGGAAGCUGUCAUCGGCCUGUGUCCCCUAAAGUAUUCAUUGGUAACAUAGCGUUAGCCCCGGCCAACAACUUCAGGGUUGUGUUAGGGCGAGAUCACUCGUCUCCGAAUUGUGUGGGCGAGGUUCGUUCCAGGACCCUGCAUCACACCAAGGCUUGAUUUGUCACUGGUUCUUUUCUUUACCCUCCGGCUUUUUUUUCUAUUUGGUUCCUGGAUUUUUUUCCCACAUGAAAAUCAAAACUGAAAAAUCCGAAUCAUCCUAAAGUCAAUAGACGAAGAAUUACAUUGCAACAUUUUCACAGAGUAAUCAUAGUUUCUCACAGCUUUAAAUGCCAAAAACUUAAGUUAUUUUUGACUGAUGGCGGGAAACCAUGGCCCAUGGCCGAAGCCGGAGCGUUAUCGAAAUUGAGGGUAAAGAAAUAAUUCUACUGCUAUGCUGGUACUUAUUCAUGUUUUUUUUUAUGACCACAGGACAAAUGAAGAGACGGCCUCUGAGUUACGUCGCCGAUGUAAUGCCUUUUUCAUGGAGCUGGUGUCAGUAUUCUGUUUUGGUGACUCAGUGUCAAAGGACCUUGAAAAGGAAGCUAUCACUCUACUUAUGCGUUAUGUUAUCGGUCAUCAGUCAACUCAGACCAAGGAUUUCUCUCCAUUCCCUGAUUAUGCUAUUGAUCCCACUCCUGUAGUGCGUUCUUUUCUUCUCCAGCAGCUAUUGCGGUCAAGGUAAAAGUGUUGAGAAACAAUCUCUUUCUCAGCUAGCACUCACACUUUCUUGUGCCUCUUAACAUGUCUGAUUUUCUUUUUUCCUGUCUCCAAUUUACAUUAAAUUGUCCAGUUAAUAGGAGGAUAAUUAUAUACUAAACUGUCUUUUAUUUUUAAAAACAGUGAGAAGUUGACAAAGUUGGUGAAAGACCAUUUGGGAAAUUUCUUGCAUGGGGCUCGGAGCUUAAAACCAGAAUCUUCGCACGUCAAAGAAGUCUGCUUCUUAUGCGUCCAGUGUAUGGAGGUAUGUAAACUUAACUAAUACUGUGCUGUGAGGUGAGAGUAGUUCAACUGAAAUUAAAUUUGCUCUACUCCGGAUCGGGUGGUCCGAGUUCGAGCCCUGGCCGGGGUCAUUGUGUUGUGUUCUUAGGCAAGACACUUUACUCUCACAAUGGUUCUCUUCACCCAGGUGUACAAAUGGGUACAAGAAAAUGUGCUGGGGGUAACCCUGCGAUGGACUAGCCUCCCAUCCAGGGGGGAGUAGCAAUACUCCUAGCCGCUUCAUGCUAAGAAAACCGGAGUUAAGCACCGGCCCCAUGGGCUACUUGGGUCGUACUACUUACAUACCCGAGAUGUUCUCUUUUAUAACUGUUCUCAAAUCUUACUGCCUUUACCUCAGGACAUCCUUAUCAGCCGUUAUCAAGCAAAAAUGGCCGAUUUGAAGAUAACAUUAAAGCUCAAACAUGCUAAAAAGACUUGCGAGGAGUCGUUUACAGCUCUUAAGGCCAGUGACGAAGAGUCUGCUGAAAUUAGCGCUCUCUCUCUGGAUUGGGUUGCUAAAGGACGUUACGUCUUAUCAUUGGUGGUAGAGUACAUUUACAAUUUUUUCAUUGAGGGAGAUAGCAGCUACAAAGACCUUGACGCCAAGAGAGAAGUGAUGUUAUUAUUAGAGUCUGCAAGGAAGCUUUGCAUGGAAGUGUCGAGUUCCACACCACAGCAAGUGUCGAGUUCCACACCGUGGCUCUACCUGCUUAAUCAGCUUGUCAGGCGGUAUGGCUUGGACUGUGUCCGAACUCUGGGUGAAUAUGAAGAACUAGCGUGGAUUCUACCUCCAGAGGCCAUACAGCAGGUAAACAAUGAAUGAUGAAUGAAUGGAUUUCGUUGAAAUGUGUUAAAACUGAAUCAUAAUAGAAAAAUAGUAUGCAUAUGUCGUAAGUGUGAGACGAGAAAGGAAAAAUCAGGAUGCUAGACGGAUUCAAUUUUGGUAAGUUCUGACUUCGUAGUCAGGUGCUCUAAUUACUGUGAACAUGUUAACGAGCCAGGCCAUCUACUAUGUGAACUGAAUUUCUCAGCACUCAAUACGAGUAAAUAUACUUAAACCUCGUGAAUAUCUCUCAAAAAACCACAAGUGUUUCCAAAGCGCAACGGUUGAGAACUGGAGGAGCGAAAAAGAGGAACAACUUUUGAAAAUCCAGACUCUUUCCGUCCUCUUUUUUAGUGCUCAUAAUUGAACACUUCUCUUAAAUGUUUGAAGGCAACAACCUUUUUACAUUUUACUUAUGGUAAUACAUGUUGCUUGCUAUUGAUCUUUGGUCUUCGAUCUGCAGGAGGAGGAUGUAAUCCAAGACAGGUUUAUUGUUCAUGGAGACCAUUAUCGUGCCGUCCGUGAGGGGCUGGCCAAAACUGUCAUCACUGGGAACAUCCAAGACAUUGUCACUGCCAUUACGGUUAGUGUCCACUGUAUAUUCUCUUUUUCUAUUGGGCCUUUUAUCGUCGUUAUUGUGGGUUAUUAUGGAUUGUAUCAACUCCAGACAUUAAGAAAUGACACAGAUAUUUUAGAACUCGUUGGUACUCAUUUUUGGUAAAUGUAUUACGCGAUAAAAGAAUUUGAUGACUUGCGGCCUCCCAAUACAACUUCACGGUUAUACAAUAUCUGCCGAAUUGUUUGCAAUACAUUCUCAGCAGUUCACAUUAUGUUAUUUCCUGGUCAUAAGCUUUCUUCUUCGUCGGUCGCUUUCAAAAUCUGUUGACGUCACCCGUUAGUUACGUUCGUCGUUAGUGUUGCAGCCCCUCCUAAGAAAUAAUUAUACUGGAUUCACCCCUGUGUUAUGAAGACAGUCUUAAUCUUAAAAUAAUCUGGUUUUAUCCACUGAGUUGAUAAUGAAAAUUGGCCACCGUUAACAGUUUAUAAGCUGAUAUUUCGAGCUUUAGCCCUUCGCCAUCCGCUCUGUCGCUCUGUUUCUUUAGAAACUUACCCCCUUUACUCAUUUGACGUAAUCUUAGAGGACUUCGAGGUUAAAAUUUACAGUUUUACAUCUCACAACCAUAUUGGUGAGCGAAAUGUAAGUAUCUUUUAAACAAUUAAAGUUAAGUCAACCAUUUUCAUGAGAAGUUUCCGAACAAGUCACCAUUAGAACUUUUUAAUUUUUUGUAGGAAACAAGAUUACAAGAUGUCUAUAAAAAUGUAAUUCUCCUCCUGGUGAUAUACCGUGAAAUAACGAUGGCAAAUGUUUCUCCAGUUCAGACUCAGAAUUUGUCUCAGGAGGUAAGGAAAAACAGUGUACACUUUCCAAAGAAAAUUUUAAUUCUGCUCUGUAUGCUUAUUCAUCCUUCCUCCUCGCUAAUUCGACACGUUCUUGCCUGCUACUUUCAGAAAAGAGGAUAAUUUUUUUUUUCAGGUGAGAGUAAAGCUUGACGAUUUCGUAAGAAAUGGAGGACACCUGAAUGAAACGGUAAGAGCAAUUAAAAACAUGCGCGCAUGUUUACUGCAAAAUGGAUUGUCGUUGAGGUAACUCGAAAAGAAAGAGACAAUUAGCACAUUUUUUAAUUCCUGAUUUUUGUGUUAAAUAUUGUCGACUUGUGUGAAACCAGCGGAAUUGGCAAUUGAAUAGUCAACGCUACCAUUCUUUUCCUACUCUCUCGUUGUUUAGGCUGUUGAAAGUUACGCUUUCUUUUUGUAAUAAGCUAUGUGUAUUAUUUAGGCGCAACAUUUGGCCAAGGCACUUCUUGAAAACAAACAAGGUGGAAAUCUCAGGGAACUUCAAAUCUACAAUGGAAAGAGUCCGCAGGAGCACGCCUUGGCCGAAAUUGUUAUCCAUACAGUAGCAGCUUUGCAGUGCGUUGGUGCAGCAUCUUUGGCUCAGCCCCUUUAUACUCUCCUGACUGAUCCAUCGACUAUGAAGGUUAAUAUACAAAGAUAUGUUAUCCUGAAAAAUGUGAAAUGUUUUGAGCAUAGGUGAAAAUGAUAACCAUAACGAUUAAAAUCUACGUUCUAUUGUUAAAAUGGUAAAAGAGCAUUUGCAUGUCUUGUUCCACACUAAAGGGGUAGGUUACUAAAGAAACUGUGUGCUGCUUCGGUGAGAGAGUAUAACAGUGUAAUUUAGUAUGAUCAACUGAGUUGAUAAUGUAAACUGGCCACGGUAAAAGUUUUAAAUCUUUCAGCGUUAGCCCUUCGUCAGAGCCUUUCAUUAUUCGCUAUGACGAAGUGCUAACGCUCGAAACGUCAACUUUUAAACUCUUUACGGUGGCCAUUUACGUUAUCAACUCAGUUGAUAAUUCUAAAAUACCUUAUUCCACCGUAGUUUACUGACAGAAUAUCUGAUUGCUCCGUUGAUUUCCUGGUACAGAAUUCUUUCUUACCAACAAUGCCCGAGGAUAACUAUGUCGAGUGCAUGAAGGCCAUGGCUGAAACUUUGAAACACACUAAAUGGGUUGGAGAGUGGUAUGGUAAGUGUCUUUGUAUUUUUAGAAAUGUUUACGUUUGAAUUUUAGCAGCGAUCUCAAAUAAGCAUGUACAAUUCUAUUGUUCCAACGAGAACUUCAAAAUUACAUCUUACACCUUACUUUUUUUCUUUCAGAGUGUGUCAAUUGCAGAUAUGUAUAUUUCAUCGGGGAGGUAAGGAGAUAUAAAUUUUUUUUUAUUUGGACACUAGAGCCUAAAUAAGACACGGAAUACUAUAAUAUUACUGCUAAACUUCAAGUUUAGUAGUAAUAUGUGAUCUUUUCCCUAGUAGAAUAUUGAUUUCAGGCUAAUGGAAAGUACCCACGGUUCUGAUGGGGAACUCCUUUCUGAAUCCGCAACUGACUAUCACAGACUAUGAAAUCAAGGGUUGCGUUGGUAGAGACUUGCCGCAAUGGGUAAGGGAGAAGGGUGUAAAUACGUUUCCAGUUACCUGUUACCCGAGUAGGGAAAGAACCUAAUGUAUUUUACGCAUAGUCACCGGCUCUCAUUGUGCUCACUAACAAAGAUUUCAUUUGUUUUGGAAUAGUGUAAAGUACCAAUGGAGCAGGGCACUUGUCCAGAUUGUGGAAAAUUAUUGGGAGGGAAGGAGCACAAGUUCUUUGGAGAAUACAGAGUUUCCGAGAAGUAAUUUGAACACAUCUUAUUUGAAUAACUUAAACGUUUCUAAAUGUUCUUUCUGUUUUGAGGCAAAAAUGUCUUUUUUCAUCAUACAUUAAGGACGAAUUUUCAUCAAAAAAGGGAGCCACGUUGAGAUGUUUUGAGUAUUUUUUGUGCAAUUUGAAAGACAAACUUCACCAGAAAGGAUACUAGAAAAUGGAAGCUUGGAAGGUAGAAACACAAAAGAAGAAAGUAAUAUACUAAGAAAGAAAGAAGAUGUUUAAGGAUGGAAAAGAUUACAAUGGAUCAAGAGGAUGUAAACUGUGUGGUCUAUAUUCCCUUGAGUGGAUUCAAAUGACCAACUAAAAAAUUUAGUCUUGCUAUAGCUAUGUUAGGGUAUGAGUGAGUGCGUGAGUGACGGUAUGUAACAAAAACAUUCCGAUAUUGACCCAAUUUUGACAGAUGUUUCCCGGUAAUUCUAAUCGUUUCUUUUCGAAGUAUCUUGUUACUCGAUACACCUUUGAGUUCCCUCCUUUUGGGAUUUCUGGCUUGCAGCCACUAACGCAUUAUGUUUUAAGUUCUUGCGGUGACACUACAAAAAAAGCGACAAGCAUCUCAAAAUAAUUUUCAGUCUCGUCGACGCGUAGUUUUAAUUACUAAUUACCAAAAAGCAAAAUUUUCUUUGCAGAAAUGUCAAAAUACGUGUUAUCUGCGCAUCAUGGAAACUUUGUGUCAAUUAGAUUCUAUGUUGUCGAAUUCUCUUUCCCUUGUCUAACAGGGUACUCAUAAUUAUGUAGGUUGUGGGUUUUUUGUAUUGCAAGUGAACAACACUACCUUCUAGCGUUACUAUACAACCUCUAUUUCUGCUCAAUGCUAUAACAAUUGUACUAUAUCAGUAGCCACAGGCAGUCUCAGACUAUCUAUUUUCACAAUGCACUUUCUAUGACGUAUCUAUUGUAAGAAAUUUGAAGCGCAAGUGAUUACUCAAGUGGUAUCUACUUUUCAACUUUCUAUCUCUAGGAAAGACAGGACCAAAGCUGGCCAUGUACUCGGAGAACCUAGCUCGAGACUUACGAACGCAGAACCUCAAAGAGACAUGCCGCCGAUAGUGUGCAGUUUGCUGAGGAUUAUCGUGCACUCGGCCAUGGUCAUGGGAGCAUCCAGAAAUCCACAGGUGAUUGGUUGUUAGACACAGCGGGCGGCUGUCAGAAAAUGAACAUUCUGGUAACUUUUGUAUCUGCUGCGGUCCUUCUGAACUCCUUUAGAGAAUGAAUUUUGAUCUAGAACGCCAAUGUUUUGAUGUAGAUUUGAUAUAAAGAAAAAGAACACGCGGUUCACGUGAUAUAUAGUUUGACUGACCAGUUUUUAGAGUGAUAGGAAUUCUCAAAUUAAUAUAAUGAUAAUAAUAAUAAUAAUAAUAACGAUAAGAAUAGUAUUAGGCUUUAUUUACAGUAGGUAUAAAAACCAAGCCAAGGAGUUGAAAACUCGGGGCAACCGAGAAUAAAUCAAGUGAGAGUUUCAAGUGUUUGAACCCGGGACCACCAGAUUACAAGUCAAGUUUCUACUUGGAGAUAACUUUGUCUAAAACCUGAUGGAAUUAAUAUCCAUAUGGUUUUAAUCAAGAAGAGCAGCCAAGUUCUUUUCUCAUCUAUCUCACUCUUGAGUACAAUUAAAAAUCUUCGAUUUUUUUCUUCAAAGGCAACCGCACAGCUGAUCACAUCUUCAUGCUCGUCGCAGUCUGUGGGACAGUUUUUAUGGCAGCACUUGCAGAGAGACCUGGAUGUUCUCAGUAGAGCACUCAGGUGCAGUGUUGAUGACGCAGCUCUGACAGUUCAUCUAGCAUUACAGCGGAUGAUCUCGCUAAAUGGGGGAAAAACUGGUACAAGCUUUCAUACCUUAAAAUUAGUGUAAAAACACACUUUGAUCAACGGGUAAACUCUCAUCCGAUGGACUCCCAUAUCAUCGAGGGUGAAUAGCUCUAUUCUUUGCCAAACUGUGCUUUAGAAACCGGUUCGCAAACUUUAGCCAUCAUCAUAAUAUAACUAUGAUCAAUUCCGACAUUGAGGAGUUAAUUAGCUCUGAUUGCGAAUUCUAAGAAAAGUUAACAUAUCAACCGUAAGCCCUCGAACUGGUUGGUCGGUAUGAUUAAAUGAGUAGUAGAUAACAGAUGACACCAUGGUGUGGUUGUAGAAUUAAAAUCAAAAAGGGAAACAAAUGGCGUACGGAUCGCAGGCUGAUGUUGCUGAAUUUUGUUCAUAAUGAAGUAGCAAAUGGCAGCAUAGCAGGGAGAACCAAUUGAUUCUGAUGACGUCAUAUUUAGUUUUGCCUUCAUGUUGAUCAAACUAAAUAGCGAGUUUAGCAUAUUGAACAAAAAUUCAGUCUCUCUCUCUAUUUUGCUAUCCAGUUUGUUUAUUAUUGCCCAUUGUUUCCCAUUUCUUCUCAUACUCUCCAGGAAAUGACCAUGACAUGCUUCUUCAAACUCAGGAAAGUCGCCGCAGCUGGGAGAAAGCUUUUUGCUCUGAUAUUCUUGUUCCUGUCAUCACCGUACGUAAAAUUUAGUGAUUUCUUUUGGUUUGUUUCGCCAAUUGCUUUGCUACAUACGAUCUUUAUCCGUAUGAGUAGCGUUCUAGUGUUAUUGUUAUUUUUGCAACAUCUUUCCAGCAUCUUGACGAGAAUCUCCAAAACGCCUCAAGACUUUUGAUGGGAGACGGGAGAUUUGGUACGCUAUUUCAUUUUACUUGUUGAUGCCGUAAAAAAUGCGCGGGAAGCGAAUCUACUAGUAGUAGGACUAGUGGAUUGGAGGGCUUUAGUGCUAUCCCUGAAAGAGGCGUUAACUCAACCUUAGCUGGUAGGAAGGCGUUUUUUUCCAAUUUAUGCUGAAGCGCGCGCAGUUAUUACAAACUCUGGCGAAACUGUUGAAUAAGAAAUUUUCUCACAUCUUUGUAUUGUGUCCUUUGCAGGAAAGGAUCCGCUGGUACGUCAACUUUACGAGUUCGAUGAACAGAUUAAAGACUUAUCUCAGGGCGUUAGGCCCAUGUCUCGCGUUCUUUGGAAGUACAGACACCGUGUAACUGUUGAGCAACUGAGUAGCUCUUUUCAAAGAGAAGUCCUUUCUGGUGGCGGAGGGAAAUUCAAAGUGUUGGAAGCUUUCCUCAAACAGGUAACAUCAACAUAUUACUGCAAAGGGUUGGGGUUCUGUACUACAAAGAUUUUCCUUGUUAUUCCUCAAACAGGUAACAUCAACAUAUUGCUGCAAAGGGUUGGGGUUCUGUGCUACAAAGAUUUUCCUUGUAAUUCUAACCGCUUUUCCUGCCUAAAUUUCGGGCAGCAUCUGCACAUGAAAAACCGAAGGCAGUUUUCUUUUAAGUCUCUAUCUUUACUUGCUUUUUCCUUUUUAACGAAUACAGGAACACAAGUUGCGUUUCGUUCAGUUUCUUCCCGAUGUUGUUCGCCUCCAGCGUCUAUUAAUGGACAGAUUCCACCGACGAAUUGACAGAACAGAUGCUGAGAAUUAUACCGUCCGUGAAUUUCUCAAGGACCUUCCCAAAGGUACUAAAUAAGUUACAAACCUGUAUCCGAUAUAGCCAAUGCCAUGGCAAUUGUUCAAUGCAAAGGGUUGAUAUUUUGUGAUGCUUUUCAAACAGUAAGCUGCAGUUAGCAGGUGCACCUUUCCCUGUUAGUUUUUCCACAGGAAAUUUUUUGACGACGAGAAUGACGGAGGUGUCAAAGCUGUAGCAUUUCUACCCCUUGGAAAUGUGACUGCUAAAUUUCAAUUUCGUUUAUUUAUUUGUCAAAAAAAAUGAUCAUGGUCAGAAUUUUCUUGGGAACUCUUCUCGGGUCAUCUGCGCAAGUAAAUUGCGUCCUAGACAAGAUUUGCCUUGACAAGUCUCCGUGUUUGACAUUUUCCGUAUGACUUCUUCUGGAUAAGAACUUUUUGUAUGAAUUUUACUGAAGAGAAAGUUGCCAGUGUAAGUGCAACUGUGGAGACUCUUGAAGUAAAUUUGAAUUCUGCUGAGAUCCAAUUUGUCUCCAGGAUCUGUGAAAGAGGAGUAUACGAACCUUUUCCAGAGUUUCAAGAAUGCAUGGAAUGCUUGCAAGUCAUUUCUCGGUGAUCAAGGUACAAUGAUUGUUCCGUUUUUCCAGGGUACACGGAAGAAGGCUUAAGUGAUUAUUGCGAACAAAUUUCGUUUCUUUCUGUAAUAAAUGUUUGUUUAGUUACUUAAUAGUUUAUCUGAGCCCAGCGUGGUGAGAUGAAAAAGGCCAAACUCAUAAGUGAUGCUAAAUUUAGACUCGGAUGAGGAGUCAAAACUUAGUCAUGAAAUAUUACCUCGAACAUUUAAUUUGCCGGUUUUUAAAAAGGAUCACACUGAUUUAGAAAAAUUGCGGUCUUUUUCUCUUGUUAUUCUUUCUAUCAAUCGAAUUUUUUAAUGUGGUAAUUUAUUUCAACUCAGACACAAAUUCAGUGUUUUCGUUGAUCGUUUGUUCUUGCAGUUUUACCUUGCUCGAUUUUGAGUACUCUGGUUCUAAUUUGUCUUUGUCAUUCUUUAUACCCCAAGGUCGCCUGCGCGUUCCACAAGACCUGUGUAAUACCACAAUCGACAACGACUUUCCAAUCGCAAUGGUUCUCCCCAGCACCACCGGGAUGGGAGUUUGUUCGACCUCGCUCACCUUCUUCCUGGUUAAUGCAAAUAACGAGUCUCUGGGAGCCUACCGUAGUGCAACUAAUCAAGACAGGUACAUAAUUUUAUAAUGAACAGCUUACGUGUUGCUGUUUUCCUCUUACCUUCUAUAGAAGCAAAUAGUUGAUCGACAUGAUCUGACUCGAGCUGUCUAAAGCGUAGAUAACGUUUUUCUACUUAAUUUAGGUCUAGGGUGUUUGUCAAGCUGACUGAGCUGCAACAUGAGACUGAUAUCAGCAUCCUGCAAUCAGUUAUCAUCUCCUCUAAAUGUAGCUUUAGAGUGAAAAAUGUCAUUAAUUGGGGCUAUUAUUUUCGAGAAUAAUGUAUAUUGGAAAUAGUUACGAUGUUGAUGAAAAUAAUUUUCCACUAGUCAUGCUCAGUCUUGGAUAAUUACCCCACUAAGCAUAGGACACUUAACUACAGACAAUUACAGUCAUUAUUAUGCAUUCAACUUACUAUCUCUUUUCUGAUUGACCGAAAGCCUUCGGUGAAUUUUCGAAAUCAGCGCUUGGGACGUCAUCUAGUUUCAGAUUAUACAAUUGUCAUGUCAAGGACACUCAAGGUCACGGGUAAUCAUGUCACGUGUAACUGCAGUGCCAAUUUUAAGGGUAAUCACGUCAAGUUCGCGCGCUUUGUGUUGCUUGCUGAUUUGUAUAUUUUCACGCGUUUAGAAAUAAAUUAUCAAUUCCGCCUACUUUUGUGAACAUUUUUUUUCCUUCAAUGUAUUAUAAAACAAUUGUUUGAUUUGGUUUUUGUGAUAUCUAGAACAAUCAAGGUCUUGGUAAGGGUUAUUAGCCGGCUCAGCCUUCGGCUUCGGCUGAUAACCCCUAACUCGACCUUGAUUAUUCUGGAUAUUACAAAAAUCUCAUCUCAUAAUUGUUUAUGAGUAAGACCCAACUAUACAUAUCAUCUGCAAUAUUCUUUUUCAUUUAAAGUCCCUUGGAGCGUGUCUACGUAUCAGAGGUGACCUUAUCGCACUUAAUAGCCUAUGAUCCUGAGAGAGACCUGCUGCCCCUCAUUCUGGCUCAUUGUAACUACUCUCUGGAGGUGGGACAGGAGACCUUAGUUCACUAUGAUUGGGCGGCUCUGGAGAGACAGCUGAUAGACAGGUUGUUAUGGGGAAGGCCUUUUGUCGAGUUCAAGGUAGGGUGGAGGUAUUUAGAACACAUAAUAUAUGAUGAGAAAAAAGAAUUUUCUGUUUUUUCUGUAGAACUCGUUUUCACCGGACAGGAAUAUAUUUAUUCUCUUCAUUCUCUUACUGAGUUUGCUUCAUCCUAGUGCAAACAGUUUCAAACUCAUUUUAUUAGAGACACGUUUCUCUUUUGAAGAUAUGUCUCAACCAGUCAUAACAAUUUCAGUUGAUGGAUAAAAAAGCUUACCUUUUUUCAUGUUUCAAAGAUAGGAAUCCUGUUAAAAGUCAAAAGAGGGGUUAUUUCGCAGGGCUAUAUGCAAACUGUUUUGGUUUCUGGGAAGUAUGUUGCAAACAGCGGCGUCAGCCCCAUUUCUUAACACUUAGUACUAUUCGUCCUUCCUAACCUUUUAUUUGAAUUACGUGUCCCUCUGGUCAGUACCUGAUGACCAAACAUUCGAAAAAGCAAAAAACAAAACAAACAUUCCGUUUUGAAGACGCGUUUAGAACUUCGUUAUGACCAUCCCUUCACAACUGGAAGAAGAAUUGCAACCAAAGUAAUUGUAAUCUCUGUCAGCGCUUUUUUUUCCUUUUGUUUCAGGAGGAACGUUUUGCGUUCAGCCGAGACACUCGAGAUGACGCAGUUUUCACUUCCCUAGCUGGAAAAAUUCCUCAAGUAAAUUUCAUAGUUUCCCUUUUUUUCGUUUCAAUAUCUAUAUUUAACCAGUGUUCUGUAAAGUUCUAUAAAAGAAAUUUGCUUUCGCCUUAGUUUCAAUGACGCACCAAAGAAUAAAAUCUCAAGGUGUGGAAUGUUUGAAAAGGAGAUUUGGUGUUGGUGGGUGUCUGAUAAUUGUCGAUGCAAACUGGGGUUUUUAAAUUGGGAUAACAUUUCAGAUUAUCUUCAUUUAUGAAAUAUGUUUAUUUAUUUGGUAAUGUGUUUUUUCAUCUAUUUUCUCAUUUACUUGCAAUCUAACCGCUUCUAACAUGUAUUUAGUGUUAACAACUGAAUUGAAAUUGUAAAUUGGCCACCGUAUAGAUUUAACUGCGUGGUUGAAUGGAAUGUGGUUAGUGUUUUCCUUCUCAGCCGUUUGUAGUGCUGACUGUCGAUCAAUUUGUGGGGCAUGGUGACCGCAUUCCAUUCACUCUCACAUUUCACCCUCAUAACCACGCAGUUAAAUCUAUCAUUCUUAAAAAGAUUAAAUUACUCCAAAACGAUUGAGAGAUUGGUACUAUCUUUUCUCAACCUCCACUAAUUUCAUUCAAACGUGACAAAAACAUAGGUGAUUUUUUGGUCAGAAGUUCAUUUCAAACCAGUGACCAACCUGGAACUUUCAAGUGCUCGUCCACGAUGCAAAACUUGUCCUUUCAUUCCUAACGAAGAGAAACUGUUGGCACCCUAGAGAUCCAUUAAGAUCACUGAUCACUUUACAUGCACCUCCGCCAAUGUCAUUUACUGUAUAACUUGCGCUGAUGAAGGGCUAACGCUCGAAACAUCAGCCUUUAAACUGUUUACGGUGGCCAAUUUACCUUUUCAACUCAGUUGUUAACUAAAUUACCUGUUAUACUCUCCCAUCGACGCAGUGCCACAGUUUCUUUAGAACCUUACUCCUUUACUAACUUUUUGUAGUUUCAUUGGGAACGAAAUCUUGCUUCAUUUUUUGCUGUUUUGUCAUCUGGUCUGUCUUUGAUUGUAUUUUUGGGAAACAGGUUUAUAGCCACUUUGAUCCGUCUUGACCACGGAAAGAGCAGUAUAUUCCACUUUCUAACAUGAUAGACUUUUCCCUCCAGCUAUUUAAGUUAACGGAAGCAUGUUUUCGGCUUUGAAUUGUUUUUGUUACGUCGACAGUAAUAUAUUUAUAACAUUAUUAUGAUGUUGGUGUAGUCAAGAUCUAAGACAUUUACACGAAGUGUUUCUUUAAAGGAACCAAUUUCCCGCGUCGUCGAAAGUCAGAUUAUUAAUGAUCUGCGGUCUUCCUUGUCUGAUGUCUCUGAUGUUAUAUCGUCACUGGACAUUGCCAUUGGUUUUCUUGCCUCAUCGGGUGGCCAGCCGGAGAGGCCUUUAAAAUGGUACUUACAUGAGGUACUUAAGCUACCCAAAGAUCGAGGUCUCAAGAGUGCAAUGGUGAGUAAAUUUCUCCUUUUUAUUUGAAAGACUCACUUGAGCGGUCAUCUUUCUUGACUGGUGCAACGCUCACAACAUUAAUAUCUGAAUCAAAAUGUUCUUGUUUGUUGCUACAAAAGCUCAUUUCUGGACGCCAGAGGUUGUACAGCAUUCGAACGAUGUGUGAGAGAUGUAUUAUAAUAUUUUCUAAUAGUUAACUGAAGGAGAAGCCCCGUUUUCGACUGUUUGCUCCUACGCCAGCAAUUUUUUUAUUUAGGAGUGUUUUGAUUCUUCCAUGGGUUCUUAUGGAUUAUGCCAUCUUAUUGCAGGCAGAGCAGCAUUGCAGUUUGUCCCAUACCCUGGCAUUGUGGCGGCUUAUGGCUCUCGAGAGAGCAAAAAUCAAGUCCAGGAACAAACAGGUUAGGUUUGAAGUAAUUUUUUUUCAUUUUGAUGGUUUUAAUUUUCGAUCUGUGUGAUUUCCGUCACUUUUUCUGGAACUUUAGCCUUAAAGCUUUCGUUCGUUUACGAAUAAAAAGGACAACUGCAACUUCGUUCAAAGUUUGAUUAGUGUUUCUGUGUGCUGUACACGAGAUGUAUACCUUAACUUUACCGCAAGGUUAUCAAAGUGUAGUUUUGAUAUUAAAGGUUUGGUGAGUUGUGUUUGAGCUCGUCAGACCCACUUUAAAACAAACCCUUUUCGGGAAUUUUUUUUCAGGAGCCUUUUGAGCAAUUAUCCGACGUUUUCAAGGAAAAACUUGGCUCAGGAGAAAAGGCCAACCUGAAUCGCGAGUUGCGAAAAAUCGAUAUGGACAUAUUUCUGCCGCAGUUACUGCAGAUUAUUCUUCUAAAUGUGAAAAAAGAUGGCGAAACGAUUUCGACGAUGAUGUAAGGCGGGCUAUUCGAAAUGUUCCAUUCUAUAAUGCGUCAAUUAAAUAAGGGCCAAAGUAGUUAUCUUAUCAUACACUUCUUACGGUUGCUUUCGUAACUUCAGGAAAUAACGCAUUUUCCACCGUGCCACUGUCGAGCUAUGAAGUGCAAACCAUGAAACUCACGAGAUUUCCUUGCCCUGUUAUGCCUAAUAUAUAGACGUUUGGCUUUCAAAAAACCUGUUUCUCAAAAAAGAUAUUUGUAACUUUUCUAGGUGAUAUUAUUUCUAGGGAGGGAUGAUAUCGUCAGUGUCUUUUCUUGUAUUUGAACCAAAGGUUCUAAUGAUGAACACUUUACUGCGCCUUGUUGUUCAAUUUUCCCUAAAUUUCCUCUCUAAUUCAAAACUCCUUUGUAUUUUGUAAACGAGCUUGUGGUUCAAGUCCACGCUCAAUUCUUUUUAACACUGGUAUUUAAGAUGUGAAUUGAAAAUAGUGAUAUCCUGAUAUUGCUGAUUGCUAGGGGAGAAGAGUCAGUUUCCGGUACACUCUUUGCGGCUUUUUAAAUCCUAACUUUGACCAAACAGCCUUGCGAAGUACUAUAGUUUAACAGGACUAAGAUCUAAAUACAAAUUUAUUACAGCUUUGAAGAUUACUUGGAAUGUUGUUUAGCCGACAAAGGCUUGGAACCGAUCCCAGGAACAGAGAACAUUCCGGACAGCGUCAAAAUGGCGCACCUAAAGGACGUUUGGAACUCCGCUGUCCAGCUAAAUGACGACUUCCACAAAGAUCGUCAAGCAUUUCCAUCUUCUCCUUAA